ACCGAAGCAUUGUGGGAAGGGAAGUGGAGCUGACGGCCGCUGAUGGCAGACUCCUGAAUUAGGCAAAUAUCCUCGAUAAGUGAGCAGUUUUAGAAAACACAGAUUGAGGAGGGGCGAUGCUACUUUAUGAAGCAGGUGUAAACGAGCUUUGAAGAAGAGGAACAUAUGCCGGUGUCAUCGCUUUUCACCUGCGCCCGAGCGCCCGAAGAAGAAGAGAAGUGGGAUACUGUGUCAAUGGACCGCGGCGAUUUUCUUCUCCUUUACCAGGCAGCCGAGUAAAAGCAGACACGGAUUAUAUUCCCGCUGUGGAUGGGUGGGGGGCGACUACGCUCCCGCAUUCAUUAUUGUGUGUGAAGUUUCGUGAAAUAUCUGUCGAAGACGCUGUCAAAGAUGUCGACCAGCAGCCCCGAAGCGGUGAAGAAAUUGCUGGAGAACAUGCAGACGGAUCUGCGGUCUCUGUCCAUGGAGUGCAAGAAGAAAUUCCCCCCUGUCAAAGAGGUUAGCCACCUACUUAGCCACACUGGACCUUGUAUAGUCCUAUUUUUACAUCAGGGGUUUCCUCUGUAAUUCUAAUUCUGUAUUGAACAUAAUGUUGGCUUCACUGACAUGUCUGUUGCAGUCAGUUUUCCCAUUAGACACCGGGCCUCUCUGUAUUUAGGAACGUGGACAGUAAGUUCACCUCAUACUGUACCGCUCAUUUCAAAGUUGUGUCAGCUCUACGGUCGUUAUUGACACCAGACCUUAAAAUAAUGUCAUUAUUACAAAUACUACAACACUUUAUAUAGGGAAGAGUGGGGUAAGUUAAGCCACCCCCUGUUGCUUGAAAAUGAUAAAAGAAAUUGAUCAUGUGACCAAAUAUUUAGGAGAUGGGCAUCAAUUCAUGGAGUCUGUGAAGGUUAGAAGCACAUGGGUGAAGGGGUUAGACAUUUAUUUAAAAAAAAAUCAUUUUCACUCUUGAAAGUGAAUUUAGUCUGUCAUGAGUUUGAUGAGAAUUGUGUUCUAUGGUGGCCGAGAACUGCCGCUGCUGCAAAUAAAAAAGAAUGCAAAAAUAAGAAGUCACAAUGGAAGUUACCGAUGCGAAAAAAGAAACCAAAGCCUGCUGCAAAUAAGAAAAGAAACAACAAGGGUUAACAAUGCAAAAAAAGUGGCAACGCAAAAAAAAAAAAAAGUUACUUACUGCGAAAAUAAAAAGUUGCAAAUAAGUAAAAGCCACAAUGGAAGUGAGCUGCUGGGGGCCAAUAAUGAUGAUGCACUGGAGUAACUGGAGGAUCCCGGUGAAGUGUCAACUUCAUAUCGACUCAGGCGCUACAUGGCCUAACCAAAUGACCCAUUGAAAAGUUUACAAAGCGAAAUUAAACAAUAACCUUUUCACUAGCUUCUUUGCUCGUCUUCUCGCCGUCGUCUUCUGUGCCUAGAUUGUAAAACUCGUCCUUAACUUCCAUUGUGCCUUUUUUUUAUCUGCACCGUUUCUUUUUUUAUUUGCAGUGGGCUCCAGUUCCUUUUUUUCGCAUUGGUAACUUCCAUUGUGGCUUCUUUUUUUUUUGCAUUCUUUUUUUAUUUGCAGCAGUGGCGGUUCUCUGCCCCCGUAGUGUUCAGACCAAAAAAGAUAAUUUUAAAUUUGUUUUAUACAUCAAUUGUGGUAUCUAUGAGCUACAACAUGAGGUCAAAAACCUAGCAUUUUAGCUCAGAGGACUAAUAAAGUCAUCAUAGUAGUUCUGGGGUAAGUUGAACCAGUGACUUAACUGAGAAAGUAAAGGAGUCUGAUGAGAAGAUCUAAGUUUCAGUUCAGAUUGUUGAAAUGUUUCACUUUUUCUUUUCAAAAAUACAGCUGUGAAUGUUCUGAAUCAGUGGUCACCAACCUUUUUUGUACCAGGACCAGUUUCAUACAACCUUUUCCAAGGACCGGGUAGGGGCGUGGAGGUUCAAUUCUGUUGGUUUGCAGGGAUGCACAGCAUCUUAAAAUAUAUGCAGAUACACUAGUUAGAAACAAAACUAUGAUUGACUUGAUGUAGCGAUCCGAAAUAUGAAAAAUGGCUCAUCUUACUCCACUCUCCCCUACGACGAACACUGCUGAACUCAGUUGACCCGUGUCUUAUUGACACAGAAGCUUGCUACUCCUACCCAAACACGUUUUGAAUAGGAUCCUUGUAAAUACAUGGCUACACCGUCAUUUUAGCACUGCCACGCUGAUCAAAUUGCGUGUGAGCAUGUACAUUUUAAAGCUCCAAUUCUCAAUAAUAGUAGGUAUUGAUACUAUGGAACAAAAACACAUUUUGCCUGCUAAACCCCAAGCCUCCAUAAUUCGCAUGAUUAAGAACACUGUACAGUCAUUUAGAUUACUUGUGUUCAAUAGCUUACAAAAUAGCUUCAAUCUGCAAUAACGCCCAGCUUAUUCCAAGAGGGUGAUGCUGAAGGGGCAUAAAUGUUCAGCCUUACAAACAUGCACAACACAGCCAGCUUAUGGUAUGUGUAAGUAUACAUAAAAAAGUACAUUAGUUAUGCAGUAUAAUGUCUGUUAAGUACCCUGAAUUGCCAUGCUAGUGUCUUUGGACCUGCUGCUUUUAUUUUCUAAUGCUUUUAGCCCCCAGAUUAUGUAUCUAAGCUAACUGAAAGACUUAAUUGUGGAGUAGAGUAGAAUGCAAUACUAUAGGAAGGAAUGCAGUAGAACAGAAUAGAAAAAGAAUGGAGGCUCAUUUCCAUUUAUUCAGGAACGGGAAGGCAAAGUUAAAAUGGAUUUUGAGUGCAAUGCUCUUAAAAUCAGCUGUAUAAAGUGAGAUUUAAAACAUAAUUCAGUGAAAAAUAAUUGAUAUUACACUUACAAAGUGCAAAAGAAGCGUUAACUGUCCAAUUAUAUAGACAUGACAAAAUUUAACAAGAGAAACAGUAUAACACAAAAAUGUUUUCUCGCACUUCAAAUAAGUGAUUAAUGGGAGCCAACCACUUCAGUUUAUGAUUUUGCUUUAGUGCAUAAAUGAGAUGCUUCAGUGGCUUCAUGGUUCAGUAUCUCACAUUGAAGUUGGUUUUUUAAGUCAAUUUUCCAUGAAGCAAUCUCCAUUUGUGUUCAGUUUCUUUGAAUAACUGACUGACUAACAGGCUUCAUUGUGUGGCCAUGUUGCUGACAUCAUGGCCUAGUUUGAGAACAGAAUAGUACAAGGAGGCGCAAUGUAAGGGUCUUUAACAGUGUGUGUGCAUUGUUAGAUUCUCACACUGAAAACACCAGUCAACCCUAUUUUUAUCAUGCCACAUCCUAAAUGACAUAACCCUAUCUGUGACACAGUCUGCUUUUAGCUGAUCUCAUAAUUGAGGAGUUUAUUAUAGUUUAUUUUUAACCCUAAAAUGUAAGGUUUAGAUGAGAGAAGUGGCUGGUUACGUUUAACAUUAGAUAAACACCACUUCCAUUUACUCUGUCAUGUUUUUACUGCAGUGUAUUUACUGAAAGUGUGAACAUGUAGGUGUUGUUUUAUCAUUUACACCUCUGAAAUGCACACAGAGAGCAGAUAAUGUUCUUCAGAAGUUAUGUAAUUGAGCUGCCACUGUCUCAGUCAGAGUCUCUUUACCUUAUUUCCCUGUAAUUACCAAGUACUGCAGGUUCACUGUCGCCUCUCAUAUGUAACCGUGAUCAGCCAGGUCAUGAGAUGAAAUGCUUUAUUGUAAGUAAGGCUUUUGGAGCCGUGGAAAUAUUCAUCAGCCAGCUCAGCAGGGUGAUGCAUAUCAGCCUACAAAGCCAGGCUUAGUUUGUUUUCUCUCAAGUCUGACCUUAGAUAAAGGCUACAAUACAACGAGAGAGAAAUAUUUCAGCAAAUGCUUCCAGUUUCUCUGUGUUCCUGCCACUGCAGACUGAUUCAGGCCAUUGACUGGAGUGAGACUUGUGUGGCAGUCACUCAAGACCAUAAAAAGCAUUCAUCUCAGGGUUGAGGUCUCAGGCUGCUUGUUGGCCUUUGCCUGGGGGCCUCUCGGAGCAUCUCCUUCAGUAUUGAUUUAUUAUCACCCGUGUUUCCUGGCCCUUUUACUAACAUCGUUCCCUCAGGGGUCACAGCGGUGCAUCGAGUCACUUUGAAGUUCCCCACAGCCUCAGCUCAAUUGUGCUCUGAGUGAUGAUGUUAUAACAUGUAUAAUGAAGCCAUCCAUUCUUCUAUGACGCACCAUGGUUUGCCAUUAUAGCACUGGCAGGGAUGUUAUUUUUGCAACAAGUAAGCAGAGGACUGGUGGCUUUUGGUGUGAAGUCCAAUUAUUACUUUGCCUGGAUGUCACACUCACAGAUAGUAACGUGUCAUCAAAGGUGCACUGUGUAAUAGUUUGCAUUUAGUAGAACAGACUUGGUUGGUGAACAUCAAAUUCUUUUGUUUUUGUCAAGUUAGAGCUUUACUUUUAGAUGUCCCCCCUCCAGGAAGACGUUGUAUUUUGUUAAAGGCCCUGGUUAUAAAAUGCAGAAAAAGAGAGUGGCUGUGUGCGACAGACCUUGUAUUGAUAGAUGUUUGUAAUGGUAAACACUUUAGAAAUGAUGGAUCAUACCUAUAAUGAAUCCCAGGACCUUCUUGUCCUUGAAGACCACUGUCCCUCCACUGAUGGUCAGGGUAAGCAGUCCAAAUCUGACCACUAGAUAUCACUAGAUAGUCCCAUUCCUUUAGCUCUGGGUCUAAAAACUUGGCUUAGGUUCUGUCCAACACCAACUACACUUUGACAGUGAACCAGGUUCCAUCAGUGCAGCGCCCCCUAGAGCCCAUUUGUUCUCACUCAGAGUCAGUUAUAACUAGUGUAUAGCUUUUAACCAUGCUGUCAGUAGGUCAUCUCACGACACUUAAACCAGAGGAAAUAUAAACCUUUUCGCUCUGUAGUAAUGUGACCAACUGUGAGUAUUUUGUUCUCAUAUGCUAUUAUUACAUCUUGAUUUUUGAUGAUGAUCAUUCUGGAUGCAUUUUAUUUGAUUUUUGCCAUAGCUGGUAUGCCAAUAUAGGGCUGGGCGAUAAACAGAACAUUUUCUGAUACCAAUUGCGACAAUAACCAACGUUAUUUGCCCAUGUCAAUAUAUUCAGUGUCAAUAAAUAAAUAAAUAAAAGUUGGUUUUGGUUGUGUGUAGGUAGGCUAUGGUCUCAUGUUCCUUUAAGACGGAGAUGUGACUCCGCCCCAUCCAGUUAAUAAAGAGGGAAAGACAGGUGAGGAGAUGGAGGAUGGUUUAAAAGUUGUUUAAGUAGAUGUAGUUAAUGUCGGAGGGGGUGAGCAGCUUGUGGAGUAGUUAUCGUUUGUUUAUCGUUAUUGAGGUGAACUGCUUAAUAUAUAGUAAUAUUGAUUUGAGGCCAUAUCACCCAGCCCUAUACCAUUAAGUUCAAGCUUUUAUUGGCCGAUGCCAACACACUUAAUUUUUGAUUGAAAAGAUCACUAAGUUUUGCCUAUAAUUGAAUUAACCUGUUAGUCUUAAAAAAAACCCUCCAUCAAUAAUUGGUAGUAUUGUAGUUUUUUCAAAUACAGAUAUUCAGUAUUGUGUCUAGUGUCCGUUUUGACACUUCAGAAUACUUCCAUACUGUUGACAUAUUGGCAUUUGUAAGCUGUCAUUUGCAUGCACAUAUUUAAUGCGUCACCUUCUGGCCAAUAGUUCUGUCUGCAAAAAAAAUUUAUAACUGAAUUUCUAAGCUGUUAUCUGACAGUGUGACUAGAAAUUUAUCAAAUAUGGAAAGAAAAACACGACAAGCUGGCAUUUAGUUAGCUUUGACAGACAUUGAAUUGUUUGUUUUGUUAUUGUCACACAAAAUUUACCUUAAUGAGAGGAUAUCUUUGAAGAGGAUCCACUUGGUCAUGUUGUUGAAUAGGUACAUUGAUGGGCCACAGUUUGGGGAGUAUCAGAAGUGUAAACUGAACUCCAGAUUUGAGUACCCACCCUCUGAAUGUCUUAGCUGUUGCUCAAUUUGAAAUAAGUUACCUACGAAAGCAGUGCAUCUUUAUUGCAGAGGGAGACAGAAGAAACUCUGUACUCAUUUCCCGGCCACACUCUACAUUCCAGUUCCUUCCCUAUUUCCCAAUCCAUCUCCCACAGUGACAUUGCACCACAGCCAGUGGUUUCUCAGGGUUAAGAGGAGCCAAGAAGAUUCCCAUUGAUUUUUCUGCAUCAUAGCUUCACGCUCAGAGCCUCUUUUUCAUUGAGAAGCAGUCGGUGAAACCACCAGGGCUUUGCUGUUUGUUGUGCUCUGAUUGCUUUUCGCCUGUAAAAAAAAAAAAAAAAUCCAGCAGCCAGGCCUGCCUCGGCUCUCUGUGGAUGAGUCAGGUGCUGCUGUCAACUCACAGUGAAAUGUGACUGCUCGUCUCAGGGAAAACCUGCAGAAUUAAUGAAAGCAUCAUGGACAACAUUUGAAUGGCUCGCUAAGCACGUCUCAUUUUGUAGACAGGUCAUGUAGACCGUACAGAGACGAAAUAACAAGCCACGGACAUGUGGAGAGGGGAUUUGGAGUCUGACACGAAUGCAGCGAAGCUUUGACUGAGUGAGCCUUUUUAAAAAUAAUAUGCCAACUCAGAUCCAAAAAUACUGCUGAGCUAAGAAACUCUUAACACCAUGUUUCUGAGGGAGUCAAAUGUGUGAUGAGCUCCACUAAUGUGGCUCUCAGACAUGGGUCAGUUCUGCUUAAAGAACCUGACUUAAAAAGGACUCUGGAGGAAGUGAAAGUGUAAAACUCUUAUCGUUUUACAUUCUAUGGUAUGCCGAUGCUUUUGCAGAAGGAAUCUAGUAUUUGAAGUUGAGGAGAGAGCAACAUGCAGGUUGUUUUGCAAAGUUAAAAUUUGGAGUUAUAAUAGUGAUCAAGAAUCCAGGCUGGAGAAAGUUGACCUUUCUCCUCUUUGUUUUCCUGAUGUCAUCAGACCAGAGGAUUUCUCCCUCAGUAUUUUAGUGACUUUAGGCUGACACUCACAGAGGGAAGGGAAGUCUGCAGGCAACAAAACAGCUCCAUCAACACUUAAUAUGAGGAAGUAGGUGGUAAAAUGUUUCUUUUCAGUCAGCCUUGGACUCCAUCAAGCAUUUGGGCACAGUUAAAAAAAUAAAAGCUUUUUUCUAUUUAGACUGAUGGUGUUUCUAGGAGGCGAUUUUAUAAGCAGGGAUUUGUUCUCGGUGGUUUCAAGAUGGAGCACCUGGUUCCACUUGAGGCUGAGGAAAGGAAACCUGAACAAUGUGCUUCUAAUCAGAGACAUUUCUGCUCGCUAUUCACUCAUUCACUGAUUCUCCAAGCAAAACUCAACGUCUUUUAGAGGAGCGGACAUAACAGUUUACUCAAAACUCAGCAUCGUCACCCCUUUGACAGUCACUUUGCCGAAACCAGGCAUUUUGACGGGUCCAAGGACUCUCAUCAGCAGUAUUGAAAGGCAUUUAAAAUAUUCUGUAUUGUAUUUAGAGGCUGGUGAAAACCUGCUUUUCUUUUUUUGCUGCCCUUUGGCAACAGACCUGACUUUCUGGGUGACUGGUGGAGAGCUUUGGUAGUAAUGUUACGUUGCUGUAUGGGGGUAUUCAAAGACAUGAUUGUAGAGCAGCAGCUGAGAAAUGGCUGACGCGAGUUUGUAUUCUCUGCCACUCAGAAAAAAUGUAAACAAAAACUGACCAUCAGUUUGAAACUCAUUCAUAUUUUUUUAUUUUUUUUAUUUUUUAAUUUAUUUAAUUACAUCAAAUACAUUUAUUUACAUUAUAUAUUACAUUUAAUUGCCCCCACCCUUGUCCCGGGGGUAAAAUUUGGGCAAGUACAGCAAAGAAAAAAAUGAAAAAAAUAAAUCAAUAAUAAUAAUAAUAAUAAUAAUAAAUAAUUAACUAAACAGCAUCAUCAGUACAUAGUAUAACAUAAUCUUGAGAUAAAUGGAUAAAAUGCAAAAUAAAGGGAAAAAAAAUCAUUAUUUUUUCAAUCUUGAGACACUAACUGGAAAAAUGUCUUUUUUUUUCUUUUGCUUUUUCCUGAAAUGACUCAAAAAAAGAUCUGUGAGCCAAAAUCAGACAUCAAAUCUUGUGUUUAUUGGAUAGUGAUAGUUGCCUUAAAGUAAUCAGACCUAAGCUGUAACUCAUAAUUUUGUCCAGACAGCCAGAUAAAACUCGAUAAAACCUUGCCAAGACUUACUAUGUGGCUGUAAAUAUUGUUCCAGUUGUUUUUUUCUUUAAGCACCUUCCCUCUACCCAAGAUUUUGCACUUUUGGCACUUGUCUUUUCAGUGAUCCUUCGUAGCUCCGGCAGUAUGUUAUUGUCUCAGCCUCUGGGGAUAUCAGAAGCAGCCACAACAUUGUUGUAAUUACUCCAGACUAAAAAAAGCUCCCUCUGUUUUCUUCUUGUUGCCCUAUAAAGGCCUCUGGCUUUGUGUGGGGAACAAAGGAGAAAAGGGAGGCUAGCAUUUUUUGAAGAUUAACUUUUUAAGGAGCUGUAUGGUAAAAGGCCAGUUGCCAGUGGUUGCUAAGUAACCGACUUUUCAGCAGGUUAUGAAGUGUGGCUUGGCAUUGUAGUUGCUCAAGUGACACAUUUGCGUAACACAGUCCUGCUGCUGCUGGCCAAAUAUUUCAUCCAUAUAUUGAAGUAUCAUAUCGAUACAGUGUGCAAUUUGAUAUUUUCAAUAACCUGUUUUCAUUGUGCUUCACUAGAAAUGGAGAAUUUCAUUUCAAAAUGUGUUUUUAAGGAGAUUUAAGGACUAUUAUCAUGAUGAUGGUUUAGAAAGAGCUCUAUUCACAUGCAGGCCUGCAAUGUUGUCAGCUCAUGCAGUGGCUGUAUGAAAAAUGCAUCAAGGUAAUGUAGGCCCAUUGGCUGUUUACUCUGUGGAGGCUGCAACUGCCACUCUUGAUUUGAGAUGCGUGUGUGCGAGCUGAUUAAAUCCUGCUUUUCCUAUUUUUUUAAGAAUAUGUAUCAAAAACAGAAGUGGUGGAUUAAUAUCUGUUUACUACGUGCAUCUCUCUUGCUGUCUGUAAGCUACACAGAAACUGGACAACUCUGCAUGCGGCUGCCAAAGAUGAAUGCUCACUGAGGUGAUAAAUAAUGUAGUCAUGGUCUGUCAAUCUACAGACCUACAGUAAAGCUGUUUUCUCACAGUUCAGGUUUUAGAGAGUGACUGAAAUUAGGUUGCCUAACAUAUCCUAACUUUAUUGCAACUAGGGAUGUACCAAUCCGAUAUUAUUAUCGGUCGGAUAUCAGCAAAAAAUAAAUAAAAACGAAUAUCAGAUUAUUUCAGCCUUCAUCUAAAGUCUUAAAUAUCAGCACUCUGAUAGUGCGCCCAGAUUCAGCAUGCAGAGCCCACAAAAUGACAACAACAACAAAGUGUACUAAGGUACUAGCAAAGUACCAAAUAGUAGGAGUAAUAUCGGCUGUAUGGCAGUAUUUUUCGUUAAAGUUCAAAAAAGACAUCGCAGCUGAGUGCAAAACUUGUCAUGCACAUGUUUUUUACCAAUAUCAGAUCAAUAUCGGUCUUGGCCGAUACUGAAGGACACAAUAUUGCCAUCGUAUCGGAAGUAAAAAAGUUGUAUUGGGUCACACCUUACUGGAACCACAUAAGUAAUGUGUUUAAUAUCAGGAUAGCAACUAAUUUGGACACAACUGUCUGCGAAGUGAAAUUAAAUAGUAACAUUGUAAUAUUUCUAGUUGUUUUAAGAAGAAAUUUAAAUCCCACUAACUAUCCUGAAGGUAAACUAUGUCAGACUGAUUCAAGUGUGGCUAAAGUUAGCAGAGUUAGCGCCACCAAUCACUUGUUCCUGGUAAUGCAUUGCUUCAGUUGAAUUUUUUUAUUCCACUUUAAUGAAACACAAUAAACACACAACUUUAUUCUCGUUGCCUAGAUCAAAAACUUCCAAACCAAGUCAUACUAGGAUACACCAUCAGCCAUCUGUGCUUGUUUAUAUCUAGGUAGUAGAGCAUUAUCAGACUGUGGCAGUGUUCUUAACUGGAGCAUCAACCCUGGCCAGUGGCGAGAGUCUGCACUACGCCAAGAUACAACACAUGACCAGUAUUUUGGACCUACAAUAAUAACACUUUCUAUUUGUUUAACUGACUGGUAAUUCUAGCGCAGACAAACAAGAGUGACAUUGCAAGCUUUUUGAAAAUGUUCUUAUGGGAGUUGACUGUUGUUAACACGAAACAUGAAGAUCAGCAGGUCGACAAAGACACCUGCUUUACAGCUUAUAAUCUCUCUUGAAUCUCUCCUCAAAUAUUUCACAGUGUAACCACACAAAACAGGUUCGUCUCAUUUGUCUCAUUUCCCAAAUCAGCUCUUCUAAACUCGUGUCUGGGCCAGUAUUGAGUGUGAGCACCCCUUUGAUACCAGUGCAUAUCCUGCAAACCUUGUAUGGUUAUAUUAUGAUGGCGUACUGUUACUGCUGUAUGUCUGGACACAGUAUACUUUAGGAUAGACUGAGUAUAUUGAAACAAGUGAAGCUAAUGUCAGUGUCAGCUUGGCCUGCAGACACAAACUGAGUGUGUAUUUUUUCUCAUUGUGAUAAGCAAAAAGGAACAAGUGAUUUAGCAUGACUUUGGCGAGUGGGCAUUAUUAAUGAGUCUCAGAUAAGACUGUUGUCAUUACCUGAUUUAACCUCAUUUCAUAGCCAAUAUUUCUAUCAUGAUGAGUGGAACUUAAGCUCCUAAUUUCCACAUUUUAUCUUCUGUAGAGUGACAGUAGUGCAGGAGGAGAAGUAGGAGGAAGAACAGAGGUUGGAGAUAAGAUAUAAACACACUCUCAGUAGCUUUAGGUUGUUGACUGAAAAGAACCAGAGCUUUUGUUUUGUCUAGUACAUGUUCAGUAUCUCUAUUUUGCUCUCACUCGCACACAUUUAGUCUCUUUUCUCUUGCCUCUCUCUCUCUCUCUGUUGACAUUCCUGCUUCUCCCACGCCAUAUCUUGCUUUGUCACCCCUUCUAGACACCUCACUGGGGAAAUCACUCUGCUUUCACAUCCGUCUCGGGUUGAAGCUGGUUCUUAACAGUUUUUCCCUGCUAGGCCCUAGCUGUUUCUCCCAGUGGCCAUCAUUACAAGAGCUUGUGACUGCCACUGUUAGCACUGUGGUGCAGCUCUUUGACACACGUGACAGCUACUAUAAAUGUGUACUUUGUUUUUUUUCCCCCUGUAGGCUGCAGAGUCUGGGAUUGUGAAGAUUAAGACCAUUGCAGCCAGGAAUACCGACAUACUGGCAGGUGAGUGUGAGAGUGGGAACAGCGGUGGUUAACCACGACUGAUAUAUCUGCUGUCACUUUGUCAGAGUGUGCACUGAACUUUGGUUUGCAAAGGAUUUCAUUUCCCAGGUAAUACUGCACCUAUUUCAGUUUUUCACCUUUAUUUCUGCUUUUUCUUUUUAAAGUCAACCAGAGCUUAUACGUGCAAAGUUGCUCACCAAAGCAUAAAAAUGAAACAGUUUGUAAAAGUAAGACUGCAGAUCUAAGAAGAAGCAAACUGAAAUGCUAUAUAUGAACAAACAUGUCACCUGUUGUCCUUCUAAAUUACAUAUUAUAGUCAAAGGAUGCAAAAUAUAACAUAUAGAUAGAUAGAUAUGUAUAUACACACACACACACAAAUAUAUAUAUAUACACUCACCGGCCACUUUAUUAGGUACACCAUGCUCGUAACGGGUUGGACCCCCUUUUGCCUUCAGAACUGCCUCAAUUCUUCGUGGCAUAGAUUCAACAAGGUGCUGGAAGCAUUCCUCAGAGAGCUUGGUCCAUAUUGACAUGAUGGCAUCACACAGUUGCCGCAGAUUUGUCGGCUGCACAUCCAUGAUGCGAAUCUCCCGUUCCACCACAUCCCAAAGAUGCUCUAUUGGAUUGAGAUCUGGUGACUGUGGAGGCCAUUUGAGUACAGUGAACUCAUUGUCAUGUUCAAGAAACCAGUCUGAGAUGAUUCCAGCUUUAUGACAUGGCGCAUUAUCCUGCUGAAAGUAGCCAUCAGAAGUUGGGUACAUUGUGGUCAUAAAGGGAUGGACAUGGUCAGCAACAAUACUCAGGUAGGCUGUGGCGUUGCAACGAUGCUCAAUUGGUACCAAGGGGCCCAAAGAGUGCCAAGAAAAUAUUCCCCACACCAUGACACCACCACCACCAGCCUGAACCGUUGAUACAAGGCAGGAUGGAUCCAUGCUUUCAUGUUGUUGACGCCAAAUUCUGACCCUACCAUCCGAAUGUCGCAGCAGAAAUCGAGACUCAUCAGACCAGGCAACGUUUUUCCAAUCUUCUAUUGUCCAAUUUCGAUGAGCUUGUGCAAAUUGUAGCCUCAGUUUCCUGUUCUUAGCUGAAAGGAGUGGCACCCGGUGUGGUCUUCUGCUGCUGAAGCUCAUCUGCCUCAAAGUUCGACGUACUGUGGGUUCAGAGAUGCUCUUCUGCCUACCUUGGUUGUAACGGGUGGUUAUUUGAGUCACUGUUGCCUUUCUAUCAGCUCGAACCAGUCUGGCCAUUCUCCUCUGACCUCUGGCAUCAACAAGGCAUUUCCGCCCACAGAACUGCCGCUCACUGGAUAUUUUUUCUUUUUCGGACCAUUCUCUGUAAACCCUAGAGAUGGUUGUGCGUGAAAAUCCCAGUAGAUCAGCAGUUUCUGAAAUACUCAGACCAGCCCUUCUGGCACCAACAACCAUGCCACGUUCAAAGUCACUCAAAUCACCUUUCUUCCCCAUACUGAUGCUCGGUUUGAACUGCAGGAGAUUGUCUUGACCAUGUCUACAUGCCUAAAUGCACUAAGCUGCCGCCAUGUGAUUGGCUGAUUAGAAAUUAAGUAUUAACGAGCAGUUGGACAGGUAUACCUAAUAAAGUGGCCGGUGAGUGUAUAUAUAUGUAUAUGUAUAUGUAUAGCCAAAAUCGCGUGACUUAUGUCAUUUCCAAGGGUGUUUCUUCUGCAGAGCUCCAGUAGCUUAUUAGCAAUUCGCCUCUGAGUCGUGGGCGGAGACAACGCGCCUCUGCAUACUCCUCUUCAUGCUAGCUUGUAGCCUAACUUACCGGUGCAGCAGAAUUGGCAGGUAAUAAAGGAGCUAUCCAGCUGUCAGAUAUUAACAUCUUUGGGGGCAUGAUGAAAUUAAAUAUCAUAAUUAGCUUUCCUACAAGCAUUGCAAUCCGCCACCGCACAGUGUCACCAACCUAGCAACUUUUCAAACCCCCUUAGCCACUUAUUUUCAAAAAAGCGCCUAGCAACAAAUCUAGCGACUUAUUCUGGAGUAUGGAGACUCUUAAAUGAAAGCAGGUAUUGAUGUUUCUCUUCUCAACAGGUAGCGGGUGUGCAUCAAAAAACACAGACACACUCGCAUACAGACACCCUGAAAAGACAGAAAAAUAUGCAAAUGAUGCGAUGAUGUCAGCCAGCGACUUAUAGCGACUUUUACGACAGCCACUAGUGACUUUUUUUACUGAGGAGUUGGCAGCACUGUUACUGCACACACUUGUUCCACGAUCGUCUCUCUACUUCUCUGAGUCUGGCCUGCAGAGUAAGGCUCUGGGGGCGGAGCAUAGAUUUGUGAUGUAAAAAAUCUCACUUUGUCUGAACCUGCCGUUUGGGUCUGUGAGGAGUUCACAGAGAUUUGAAUGUAGAAAUAAUCAGAAAUGCAAUUUUGCUCUUAGUGUUCCCAUGAUAUGUCCUGCAGCAUCAGAAAAAUGCCAUAUGAACAUGAGGACAACAAGAAAAACAUGAUUUUCAUUGGGUUGGGUCUUUCAGGCAACCAAACUAAGCAUACUGACUAUGUGAGUAAAUGUUUUGAUGCAGCGGAUGUUGUUGUGUUCAGACUGUGAAUGAAUGUAGAGGUCACGCAGGGCAGGAAGGGAUGCGUCUGCCAAGUAGCAGCUACUUGGAAUACUGUUUCAGAUACUUCAUUAGAUCUAGGUUAAGUUUCUUGCUCUGCUUCCCUCUUUGUUUUGUGAAUUCAUCAUUCAUUGGUGUAACUUUUAGGCUCUCUCUGGUGAACUUCCAGUAGUUCUUAAAUGCCUGUUGAAUCUGUUUCACAGAGCUCAGUGUUUUCCUGGUGCUGACGCCAGCUGCGGUUACUGCUGCUUCUUAAAUCUUCAGCACACCAGUGUUUGGAUGAUGAUUUUUCAAAGAAACUUAAAACGGUGGUGGUGUUACACUGGCGGCACAUGAUUUAUAAAUUGUGUCUGUGUCGUCCCCCUCUUAAAAAAAAUGUCUGCGUCAGUCGGGCUGUUUUCCUCUCUCGUCAGCUUGUUCCAGCUGUGUUUGUUCUCACCCACUGUAUGUGACUAUGUCAAAAUGAGUACGCUUGUUUUAUCAGAAAAUAAAGCAAUAAUCAAAUAUUUCACAAACAGAUGAUAACGUAUCAGACUUGUAUUUAUGGUGCAGCUGCUCACCCGAAAGAUAAAGGAGACCUGGUAGAUAACAGGGGUCCUCAGAUUUGUUUCUGUAUUGUGGAUUUAUUCUAUUUAACUGUUUCACUGACCAUGCAGCACUUUCAACUGGGGUCGCUCUCGUUACCGCUUGAAUAGGAAACCGUUUCUAGGCUGACUUCAUAGACAAAGUCCAGCUUCAGUAGGGUUUGCAGAGUUGACACAUAGUCGACAUUUUCCAAGCUCCACUGUCGGCUGUCAGACUCCGACUGUAAACCGCGCAGCCUCUCAUUUCAUUUAUCUUUGUUUCCAACUUUAAUGUGUUAGUUUCCAGUAAUGAGGCGUGACAAAAAAGAUUGAUCGGCCCGCAGUCUGCAGGUGAUAACCACGGGAGAAACAGCGAUAUAGAAAAGUUGGAUGCAAAGCUCUGAAUCUCUUUCAUUAUGAAGAAAAAAGCUGUGAUGUUUCAAGGUCAUCACACUUUCAGUCUCAUUUUAUUUGUAUUAAACAGAUUCAGCGCUGAGACCAAGCAAAUAUAACUUUGAUAGUUUAGAAGAAUUGGUUUAACCUUUGCAGGGACAUUUUCAUGACUCAUAAAAUUUAAGUGCUUUUGAGCAUCCCCAGAGGGUUUUCACAACUUGCUCUUGUUGUUGCUGUUUUUAUUUUAUUCUUUGGUUUUGACGUAAUUUUCUUCACAGUAUUUCCUGUACACUUUAAGAUGCUGAUACUGUGUUCUACAUGAAAGGCUCCACUAUAUCUAAACUGCUCAAAUUUGGCUUCAGCACUGUAACUCAAGCAGGGAUAGUUAUAUAUUUGAUAUCCCUCUGAAGACUUCAUAAAUCAUUUAGGUGAAUGUAAUAAGAGCAUCUUUGUAAAUUCAGUUUCCUGCUUAAUUCCAGAAAUCAUUCGAUAACACGGAUCUUUCUGUCUGUCCUUUUCCCCCGCAGCUCUGAAGGAGAACAGCUCAGAGGUCGUGCAGCCUUUCCUCAUGGGCUGUGGCACCAAAGAGCCGAAGAUCACCCAGCUCUGUCUGGCUGCCAUCCAGAGACUCAUGUCCCAUGAGGUGGUGUCUGAGGUGAGGACCAUGACAAAAGCCUGAAAUUCAGAAACGCUGGUGAUUAUAUACAGCCCUCUAACAGCUUGUGAUCAGGGUCAAGAUAUGUCUAAAAUGAUAAUAAGACUGGAGUCUGGUUAAAAGAGCAGCAUGAGGAACAAGUGAAACUGAAAUAUAUCAUCUUUGGCUUGUCUAGAUUUAUUCUAGAAGAUGAGAGUUGAGUUGCCAACAGAAGAAAAACAAGUGUCAGUGUAGUUUUUUGAUCAGAUGUAGUUUGUGUUUUUCCUGGGAUCAAAAGAUGGACAGCUUGGUAGCUUAACCAAAAGUGAAGCCAACAUAUUUAUAGCUCUCCAACUGACUUGCUGCAAUAUGGGUCGUAAAGCCUUACUUCAUAAUAUGUGGGGCAACAAACUUUAAGGAUGCACUGAGCAACUUGUCUUAGUCUUGAAACUGAAAUAAGAAUUCAGACUCAGCCUGAAGGUAAGAAAAAAAAACACGAAAACAGUCAGAAACCAGCACAAGUUAUUUGAUACAGCAAAAAAUGCAAACGGGUUUUCUAACACUGCCGAACAUUAGCAGAACUCAUUCCCUUCAGUCCUUUUUAGUGGUUAAUAUUCACAUUCUUGGCAAAGUCGUGCAUGUGCCCUAUUGACCCGAUACAUCAAAAUACUGCUAAACCAUGCCAUGCUACAUGAUGCCAUCUGUUUUCUGUGCGUGUUUACAUCCGGGUAGUAGAAUUUUUUUUUGCAUUAUGUCAGUAACUACUGUAUCAACCAGAGUUAUAUCUCUGGCUGGCAAAGGGAGGCUGUGCUAAGCCUUAAUGUGACGAAUGACCAACAUUUUGAGUCAACAAUAAAGAUAAAUAUGUUAAUCCAUUUAACCCUCCUGUGAGCCAGGUCGACGGUGUUUAAUCAUUACAUUAAACGACUUUUUUUCCCCUUAAAAAUAAUUUCAGUAAGUAUGGAAAGUUGAAGUCAUGCUCAUUUGUGUGAACAAAUUUUUUUCUUACACUUCAAAACAGCUCUUAACAUACCAGCAUAAACAAACAAACAUGCUGGCACACAGCCAAAGGGAUCUUUAUUGUUUUAUCAGGAAGUUCAGUUUGUGUUUGAAUGUCAAUAGCUGAUAUGUGCCAUUUAGUCUCAGAUCAUACAAGCACAGUGCUGGUCUGUCACUGGGGUUAUUUUGGCAUCAUAUCAGGGGAGGGGUCUGUCGUCCAUCUUUAUAUACUGCUGAUACCUGAAUUAUAAAGCGCUUUAGAUUUAGGCUCCCUGAAUUUCCCUCGACCACUCUCCCUCUUCUGUAAGAUUGCUUUUAAACUGAAAUCAAUAAGAGGCCACUAUAGCCAUCACGCUCUGUCACUCAACUUCACUGUGUGGCCCAAGGUGAUAAUCACCUCAGAGAGUGCUGAGUCAAUAACCCUGGACCUCGAGGGGAACGCAUGUUCUAUAAUAUCAAGAAAUUCCCGAAGAACUUGGCCUUAGAGGACAUUUCUUUCUCAUUUAACACAAACCAUUAAAUGUUUGAUCUGAUUCAUAGAUUUACUGCUUAUGUCAAGAACAGUAUCCUCACCUUGUAUAUUGAUAAAGGGAGUUUGAUCCGUUCACACAUGAUGCAAAUUGAAGUUCACCUGUAACCUCAGGCACAUCCUCUGUAACAUGUGAAGGGUAAUUCAUUCAGAUCAAUAAGAAGGAUCAAUAAUUAAUCAGCUGAUGUAAACAUUGCAACUGACAACCUAAAUGUAGUCCUUUCAAAUGUAGCUACAUCACAGUGUGGUGUGGUUAUCCCCCAUUUUACUCCUCCAUCAUUGACUUUCCUGCAGUUUUGAUCAUUUUUUAAGUCACGGCGGUUGUGUAAGAAGUCUUUGUAGCGGCAGUUUCAAAGCUCUCAGUGACUGUGUGAGAUCUUUUCUGUUAGUGUCAAAGCUCCUGCUUGAAGUCCUCAACACCUGCGGAGUGAAAGCUUCUCAGAAAACAAAGACAGCGCGGCAGGCUGGAUGCACAGUCUUUCUCCUAACUGGCCUUAUUAUGCACAUUUAGCUUGCACCUACCUACCUGUCAUUAGCAUUUAGUCAGCGUCAGCUGCUUUUAUGUGGUAAUUACAAGCUAUUAUGUUGGAGUUGAAGAAAAAAAGUUUUCUCCCCUGUGAUGGCUCAACCGAAGUUUUCAGCACAAGGUCUGACACCUCUUUGUUGCUCGUUUUUUGCCAAGCGGUCCUGAACUACAUCUGACCCGUUCAUUUACAUAAAGGUUAACAUUUUCUGUUGUUUUUUUAUUAUUCAGUGUGAAUCAUGUGUUAAUUAUUUACUGUGUUAGCUGUAAACCAACACCACAUUAUUUCACUGUAUUGAAAGCGUCUUACUUCAGUAUACCAAGUAUGUAAAAUGAAUGCAUUUUUAUUAUGGCUCCUUCCUUUACUGGGUGGUGGGUGGGUGUCUAGUUCAAAGUGAGUCUAUGAUGCAGAUAUUUUCUGCUAGUCUGAGGUUUGUAGUUUCUUUUUGUUUUGAUAGAAAACAUUUCUCUUUCUUUCCUUUUGUAAAAAAAAAACAAACCUCUCUUCCAGAGGUGUUUAUCCUUCUCUUUGGGCGUCUAUUAUCAAACCGUCGUUCCCCACAAACCACCAGAACAUCUAGGACAUCCAAACACUUCACCUACUCUAUAACACACACAUUUUUCCAAUCCAUUGAACAUUGUAACUCCUCUCUGUUCCUCUGCCAGAGCCACUCAACAUCAGCAGCAACUCCCAGCUGCGGGGUUUAAAAGCUACCUGAGGACCUCGCAAGACAAACCCGACUCGGUAUUGAUUGUUAGGAUGUCGCGGGAGACGACCGAGUCAGAUACUUUGUCAUGUUUGUGUCAGUUUGGGUCUUCGGGGAAGGAGACAGAUCAAGAAAAUGUCAUCUAAGGACUAAACAGACACUGCUGUAGACUUCAAACCUGCCUGUGUGUUUCUAAAACGCUGAACAAAGAGUGUCAGUAUCUCCAAAUCUGGGCAUGAUUUCCUAUGAUAAAAACAAUGAAAACUCUCCUCUUCUACACAGAAAAAUUAGGGAAAUGAUAUGCUGUUGAGGUAAUAAUGUGACACUUAGUGGCGUCCCAAUACUACGUUUUUACUUCUGAUACAAUCCCAAUAUUGUAGUCCUCAGUGUUGGCCGAGACUGAUGUUGAUCCGAAAUUAGCACAAACUUGUUCAUGACAAGUUUUGCUGCUAGAUAGAAGUGCUGGAGCGGAGUCUGGAAUGGACUACUUAUAUCGGAGUGCUGAUAUGGGAGAUUUUAGAUGCAGGCCGAUAUAAAUCGAUAUUAAUUUUUUUGCCGAUAUCAGACUGAUAUCCGAUAUCAAUAUCAUAUUGGGACAUCCCUCAUGACACUUGAAAAACAAAGUCAAAACUCUGUAUGUAAAUUCUGCAGUCAUGGAUGUAGCUGCAGAUUUAAAGCUAGAAUAAAAAGUAAAUUAGUCUGGAGUUGAUAUCAUUUAUUAUUGAUCAAUUUGACCUAUCUACUAAGCCAAGAAUAACAAAUACAUGCUAUUUAACGCUUUUCAAAUUUUCUGGAUUUAUCAGCCUUUGCCGUAAGAGUUUAGAAGAUAUAAACCAAUGUUGUCAUUGAGUCAUUUAUAAACCUAAAUUAAUAAUUAAAGGGUCAAUCCAUCACAACUAUAUGUUUUAGUUGAUGUAUUAGUUGUCAUCUAUAUACAAGAACUACACAUUUUAAAAAGUUAAUUCAAUUUUUUACAUCGUUGUUUUUUUAUCUGAAGAAUCUCAUAUUUUUUCGAACACACACAGUUUUGUCAAAAACAAAAUAUUGACAUAUGCAGUGAAGAAAUAAAAGACAAAAUACAGAUUGCAUACCUACUUUCAGACAUGCACACACAAAAAAGAAGUAGAUAGAUAAUGUGAGCACUUGUUUUGUGUUUUUAUAUCUACAAGAUAUAAACUUCAAGUCUUUUCAUGGGAUUUCUGCGCUUUAUGAAACACACAAAGAGAGAGAUCAAUCUCUCUGAGGUAGGUGACAGGGGAUUUCUUCGGUUUUGAAGUGAUGAGUCUCCCGGUUUGACCCGGUUACUCACAAAAGAGCAUCUCAGAGGGGUUGCAUAAAGAGUACUUUGGUUUCAGGCUGCUUGACCCAACGAAGGACAUGCCGUGUCACUUACAGUCAGCAUCAAGUGGCAUAAUAUUAACUGGCAGCUAGAUGUAGUGUUGUCGCACUCCAUGAGGUCCUGACCCCUGAGCUGACAGCACCAGCUGUGACCACAAGUGUUUUUGAUCUAGGGAGCUGCGUGACCUCAGACGGAGCUCUUACUUAACUUAGCACUCUGGAACUCAAAUUUGCUAAGAUGUGCUAAUGAUCAAUGUAAAUAAUUUAAUGUGUUUAUGUGUGCACGGCAGGCAGCAGCAGGGAACAUCAUCAACAUGUUGUGGCAGCUGAUGGAAAACGGUUUGGAGGAGCUGAAGCUUUUGCAGACCGUCUUGGUCCUGCUGACCACCAACACAGUCGUACACGAUGAAGUCCUCUCUAAGGUACGGGAUGAGACACACCUCCAUUGCAUGUAUUUCCUGCUCUCCUGUAUCUCUCAGGUAUACGUUUAACCCAGUUUUGAUCCUCUGACUGUGAGUCAUCUCCAUGUAUUAUUAAACUGCAGGUAUAGUGUCUUCUUUAUUCCAUAAAUAAACACAUUUCUGGGAUCCUUGCCCUACUUUAUGUUGCAUGAAAACACACUGCACAGGAUAAGGAGGACUAUCAAACUCACUCUGGUUACCUGAUAUCUCUGUAAAAGUAACAGGACAUCAACCUAAACCCUUCAUUAUUCUCUUAUUGAAGACCUAAGUGAGAGAAAAUCUAAUGCUUAUAUUUUGUCUCUGCACAGGCAAUCGUGCUGUGCUUCCGUCUCCACUUCACCAAGGACAACAUCACCAACAACACAGCAGCCGCCACGGUCAGACAGGUCGUCACCGUGGUGUUCGAGAGGAUGGUGGCAGAGGACGAGCGAUUCAAAGGUAAGAGGGCAGCAACGUCACAGAGAAGCACAAUGUCUGACCUCUUAAAGGAUUUUCAACUAAUGUUUGCACCAGAUCUUCCUCUGUGUGCCGGUGAAGAGGUUUCUGCUCCACACACAGAGUACAAAAGCCUGCAUAUCCAAGCAUUUAGUUCUACUGCAAAUAAAGGACAGCAUUACAGACAGCAGCUACAUUUCAGUGUCUGCUCUUUGCCUCUGACACCAGUGGAACUGCAGCCUGUUAAAGUGACAAAAAUGCAGAUUUUCUCUGUUGAGGAUAAAGUGGUGGUUUUGUUUUUACUUCAUGCUUGUGUUGCCUUCACUAGAUAUUCCUGAUAAUGGUUAUCGCUGUUAUUUCACCAGCCUUAUAACUUGAUAAGUGUCAACAAUGUUGCCAGUUAAACUUAAGGUCUUUUUUUAUUUUUAAUUUUACUGCUAAGCUUUAAAUAGUUUUUCAAACAUCCAAAAUGUACUUUCUUUUCCUCUUCAGGUAUUGUCGAGCACGCCCCUCCUGUCCAGGGAAACACAAACAGGCGGUCUGUUAGCACUCUGAGGCCCAGUGCUAAAGAUGCAUACAUGCUGUUCCAGGUAUGUCCACCAGGGGGCAGCACUUACACAAUAUUAUGCCUUUACCCCAGCAGCUUGGACACAGCAAUCCCACUAAUAUGGAUCUGAAGCCUGGCUGAUUACUUCAUCAUUUGUGUGCCAGAGUUAUAAGAUGAAAAAAAUCCACAAAACAGGGAAUUAUUCAAAUGAGUUAAAAGUUGAGGAGAAAGGAGUAAUUCUUUUCAUGAUUGCAUUGAGCUGAAAUCUGCUAGACGUGGUUCAAAGGCUCCUAUUCAUUCAUCAGUCACACUGGAUUUCAGUGACUGCACUGUUUCAACCACUGUGAUGUGAGUAGGGUAUAAAACCGCAUUGUUUAAAAUGCUGUCAUGCCUCUCCCUGUAGGAUUUGUGCCAGCUGGUGAAUGCCGAUGCCCCCUACUGGUUGGUGGGGAUGACUGAGAUGACUCGGACAUUUGGCCUGGAGCUGCUGGAGUCUGUUCUGAAUGAUUUUCCGGGGGUAUUUCUACAGGUAUAUGCAGCCUUAUAGGUUUUGGUACAUAAAUAUAGUAAAUAUAUUAUAGUACAUGGGAAUGUAUGUUUUUUUUUUAAAUGGUGAGUCUUAUUACCUCUCUUCUCUCUCUGCUCUUCCCUCACCAGCACCAGGAGUUCAGCUUCCUGUUAAAAGAGCGAGUGUGUCCACUCGUCAUCAAGCUCUUCUCCCCCAACAUCAAGUUCCGACAGGGCAGCAGCAGCUCCGCCUCACCUGCACCUGUGGAGAAACCGUACUUUCCCAUCUGCAUGAGGCUGCUACGUGUGGUCUCAGUCCUCAUCAAGCACUUUUACAGCUUACUGGUAAGGCUGGGGAUGGCCCACUGGUCUGAUUGAUGCUCCAUGAGUUUGGGAUUUUCUACACUUAAUUGAUCUUGUCUGAUUAGCAUUGGAUUAGCAGUUUUGUCUUAGUUCUGCUCCAGGUGCUUCAAGGGGCUUAACUGCAUCCAAGUAAUUGAACAUUGCAGCACUUUUAAUAAGCAAAUUGUAUCAAUGAUUAAAAUGGACGUGCACUUUCCCAGCCAGGAGGCCACAGAUCAGCUUUGUGGAAGGGAUUCAUGGAUAGAGCUCGCAGUUAUAGGUCAAAAUCGGACAUUAAAUCGGUUCUCGUCUGUGUUUGUUUUCCAGGUGACUGAAUGUGAGAUCUUCUUGUCUCUGCUGGUGAAGUUCCUGGAUGGGGAGAAGCCGCAGUGGCUGAGAGCAGUGGCUGUAGAAUCGGUCCAUAGGCUAUGUGUGCAGCCACAUCUACUACGGUGAGCAACAUGAGGUCGUCCAAGAUUUUAAAAGUAGCCUUAAAACCUCUAACUGCUUGAAAAUGAUGAUUGCUCAGUUUGCAGUCAAACUCAUGUACUCUGACAUGAUGGAAAAAACGUUCUCUUGUGUUUUUAGAUUUGUUUAUUUGCUGAAUUCUUUGUCUUUUCUCCACCAGGUCUUUCUGCCAGUCGUAUGACAUGAAGCAGCACUCCACCAAAGUAUUCAGAGACAUCGUCAACGCGCUCGGCUCCUUUAUUCAGUCACUCUUUAUCGUCCCCAAUGCUGGCAACCCUGCAGCUGUCAGUGCACCCAUAGGUCAGUUUGCAGACUUUUUAAAAUCUUGUAAAAUCCUGAAAUAUGAGCACAAUGAGACUCUGAAAAGUAAUCUUUCUUCUCUACAACAUAAGUGCCAGUCUUUUUAUAACCAGUAGAAAUAAACUAGUAAGUGAUAUCCCAUCUGUAUGACUCUUGACUGUCUGUCCAGGUGGCUCAGGAUCUGGGACACAGGGUGCCGCUCAGGGCGGUCAGGGGACAGGAGGUGCCAGUGGAAACCUGACCACCCAAGCUGCAUUUGAAUACCGAGGCACCUGGAUCCCCCUUAUGACCGUCAGUGUCCAGGGCAGCGCAAAGGCCACUUAGUAAGUUCUGUCAACAUCAGAUCUCUCCUCUCGGAUGUCCUGAAAAUAUUAUUUUAUCAUGUGUCUAACAAGCACACAUGUAGAUGUUAAAAACUGGAGAGACUUUCACUCCUGUGCUGCUCAGAGGCACAAACACAAUGCCAUAGCCUCACUAUUACUGUAGCUUUAACCUGCAAGCAAAAAUGAACAAUUUUGCAUUUUAUGAAGGUAAAAGAGAUCAAAGUCUUAACCCUACACAAAGACUGAAAAUGCUCUCAUCAUUAGUCUGUGAGAGGUGAGCUUUAAACCUCGGCAAACUGAACCCACUGAAGGCCCUCCUCUAAUAAGAUGAGCUGCUGUUAAACUGUCCUUGGUGAUAAGAAGGAAUCUUGCUUCUUGGCAGUUUCAGGUUGCAUGGAGCUGACUGUUUUUUAUUGUAGAAAAGUGUUGCAUAAGAGGUGAUUGAAGCUGAAAAAUCAACAUCAUUUGACCUCAUAAUCUGCUCUGUCUUGGGGUCAAAUUCAGAGAGCAUACUGCUGUAAAGAUGCAAACACACCCAUGAUUUGCAGCCCAGUGCAUUUUGAGAUGAGCCCUUGGUUUCUACCCAGUUACGACACUGCCUGUGUGCUCUCAUUCUCACAGAGCUCAAAUCUUUCCACAAACUGAUGAUGAUGAUGAGCUUAACGGUGAAGAGGCACGAGGGAGCCAUUUAUUUUGACAGUAACUCAGCGCAGACCUACAUAUUUCACAAUUUUGAACAAAGCAUCCUCCCUGGAGUCAGCCCGUUAGAGCAGCCAUCAACUUCAGUGUUUGUGAAUUAGAACAAACAGCACAGGCACACAGAGACACUUUACGGUUUGCAGUGCAGUUUAAGGUGCAUUUAAACUUGUCUGUGCGCUUUGUGAAUUAGAUGUUAUCUUUUGGCGACAAAUGCGUAGGCGGAGGCCACAAAAGCCAAGCAGACCUUUGUGAAUCAGAGCGUGAGUGCUGGAAAAACAAACAACAGCUGUUUAUGAUAUGGUAAACAAAAAGAAGACUCUCGGUUGGAGCUGUUUUAACCUAGAAAUAUAAUGUCGACAAAGAACAGGUGUAGAAAUACUAUACAUCACUAAACCCCACACAAUCUGUGGUCAUAUAUAUAUGUGUGUGUGUAUAUAUAUAAAUAUAUGUGUGUAUAUUUGUAUGUAUAUAUAUAUGUAUAUAUGUAAAUGUAUGUUUAUAUGUAUGUGUAUGUAUGUUUAUAUAUAUGUAUAUGUGUGUGUGUAUAUAUAUAUUUACACACACACAUAUAUAUACAUAUGUGUGUGUGUAAAUAUAUUUAUUAUUUAUAUAUAUAUAUUUUUUUUUCCAAUGAAAAAAUAUUCAAAAUUAAUAAACAAAUAAAUACAUAAUAAAAAAUAAAAAAAAUAAUAAGCUAGUAAAUGAAUAGAUAAUAUAUUAUUUCACCCCAGCCAAUGUUUACCCACCUUAACCUUCAUCUCAUUGGACUUGUCCCUCUCUUCAUCACUCAGUCUGGAGAUGCUGGACAAGGUGGAGCCCCCGUCCAUCCCCGAGGGCUACGCCAUGUCUGUCGCCUUCAGCGCCCUGCUGGACCUGGUGCGGGGCAUCACCUCUAUGAUCGAACGAGAGCUAGCUGCGGAGGAAGAGGCAGCUGCUGAGUUCAGGGAGACUCAUCCUGAUCAGGAGUGGCAGCCACAACAAGGUGAGAACUGACAGGAGGGAAGUUUAAGGAUGGAGGAAGAGGAAGCAUGUCUCUAUAAUGCAGUUUGAUGGAAGGUAACAUGGUAUACAAAGUCAUGCAAGCUUUCUGGGCUGAGUGAGUAAAAAGAAACUUCAUCAUUACCACAUAUCUCAGUAUAUUAGAAACAUGUGUUUCUGGUAUGUUUUUACUGCAUGAUUGCCAAACUGCAGGAUUCUGGUUGGUAGCACAUCUCUGACCCCUGGUGGCUAGAAUUACACCUCUACCUCUCCGCCUCUCAGUUGUGUAAAAUAUGUAAAAAAUAGAGGCAUGCUUUUUUUUCAAAGCUCAAGCGAUACCGUCUAAAUUAAGUGAAAUAAUUACAUGACACACUCACAGAUGCUUUGGGGUCUUUCUUUUGUCUCAGGAGCUCACCUGGUGUGGGAGGAGAUGGUCAGUGCCUGCUGGUGUGGUCUGUUGGCUGCUCUCUCUCUGCUACUAGAUGCCAGGUAAACGAGUGGGCUGCUUUUUUUGAAAGCUGGAAACAACAUAGAAAAUGAUAUUCAAACAGUAUGAUAUUCUGAUAAUUAAGUAAUAAGGGUGUGUGUUCAUUCUGGUCUCAUACUGUAAUCAUUUAUUUACUUUGAUUUGAAGCUGUUCAGACCAAACAAGACAACUCUGAAGAGCUAUUCUUAGCUGAGAUUAUCUCAUUAGAAAGCUGCGUUCAAAUCCGGUUUAAAGUUAUUUUUCCUCUUCCAUCUGGAGUCGUGAUAAUCUCCUCAAAUACCAAAUAAAAAAAUCAUUAUCAGUGUAGAUGUGAUAAUUUGAUCAGAACUAGGUACACACGCGAUAGAUAUCAGUUGACUCACCUCUCUUUUUGUGUGUUUAUUCAUCCUUCGUUUUGUCUGUCAGCACUGAUGAGACCGCCACAGAGAACAUCCUGAAGGCAGAGCUCACCAUGGCCUCGCUGUGUGGGCGUCUGGGCCUUGUGACGCCCCGGGAUGCCUUCAUCACAGCCAUCUGUAAGGCUUCUCUGCCACCGCACUACGCCCUGACUGUUCUGAGCAGCAAUGCAGCCAACCUCUCCAGCAAAGGUACAGAAAGUCGCUCAAAUCGACAGUUUCUUCUCUCACCCUCCUCCUUAAUUUUGUUGUAACGGCCACCCAAACUCACCCGAACACACAUGCUUUUGAAAUAUCUGGAUCAAAACCUGCAAACCAUCUCAGUUUGGUUUAGAGGCUUGUAGUUUUUUCAUUCUUUUAUGUUAGUAUCAAAACAAUCCGAUAUGUAACUACACUACACACACUAAACUGAAAAUGGCCUCUGGUCAUGUGUAUUUAUUUUAAACUAAUGAGCUCUUCUCCUCUCCCACUGGGAUGGACGUGCACGCAGCAAAACUGAGCUUAACGUGUAAACUGUUUGCAAUCUACCUGUCCCUGUUGCCCCGUUCUCACAGCUUUAAUCCAUAACUUUUCUGCGUGGCUUCUAAUUAGGAGCGCCAUGGUGAACGUGUCUGGGGAAUGCAAACAUACACACACACAAGCACAGCUGCUCUGAAACCAACCGCUCAGACAUCCAUUAUUUGCAUAUUAGCUUGUAGAGAUAAAGCCGCCAAAUUGGGUCUCAACUUUCGAUGGAUGUUUGCCUCGGAGUUAAUUAAGGAAUCUUUUCUUGCAUGUCGUGAGCUUGUUACAAAACCUGUGUGUGUGUGUAUCACCGACUCUAAGUGGAGUGCUUUUUCUCCUGUGUGUUUUGUUUGUGUUUGUGUGUGUGGGUGUGUGUGUGUGUGUUUAUUCUCCACAGCCUACUCGAUCCAGGGCCAGAGUGUGCAGAUUAUCAGCCCCUCCAGUGAAUCUCAUCAGCAGGUGGUGGCUGUGGGCCAGCCUCUCACCUCUCAGCCUCAGGGCACCGUGGUGGUAAGUGCACACAUACAUAUGAGGAGGUUUUGGUCUUUUCUUGACAUCUAACACUGUAAAUAUGGAGCUCCAGACCCGAGGAAACAGGCCUAGAUCUGGUCAAACCAAAAAUAAGACGAACAAAUUCAUGAUUAUAUUCCUGGGAGUCACCACGUUCAAGAAAUCAUCCAAACGAGCAAUGUUUUCAAAAACAGCACUUAUUUUUUAUGUCCCUGCAGUAUCCCUGAGCAGUUAUAAACAUGUACACGCACAUACUGUCAGGCUUGAAUAAUUAACAAACAUGCAAAGGAAUGCAUUUACAAGGUUGUGAGCCAUUAAUAUGCAUCAUAUAAACAAGGCCGCAUAUAUUAUAACGCCUACAUAAAAAGCAAGUGAUUUUUGUCUCAGGGCGCCAUCCAGGUUAUGGACAGCAGUUAUGAACAUGCAGAGGUCAGGCACCCUGAUUUCUCCCGAGGCUUGUAAUAUUUCAAAAUAUGUGGACAGUGACCUCAACCUCGAAUUAUAGUGCAAUAAGUUCUCUCCCCAUAGUCAUAAUCAUGUUUCAUUUUGGUUCUUAGCCACUCUAUGCGCAUUUUUCCUGUUGCUUUCCAUCACCGUGGUCAAAGGGAGGGGACUUAGCACUAAUAAUCGCUCAUAGUUUCAUUAGACGUACCAUCAAGACUACUUUUAUUAAAGGAGAUCUAUUAUGCUGACCUGUUUUUUUAAUACAUGCACCAACCAGCCUCAACUUUAUGAAUACAACAACUCUAAAUUUGACUAUUAAAAGCUGAAUUUUCAAUUAUGGUUGGCAUGAUCAAACAGAAGGCAGUUCUUCAAAUUAAUAACUUGACUUGUAAUAAGAGUUGGUGUACUGGAGUGAGUUAUAUUGAAAGAUUCUCCUCAUACUUCACCCUCUUUAUGUUUGUUUAUGAAGUAGACGGGAAUAUCACAGCUUUUCUCUCUUUUCCAAAGCUGAGGACGCCAGAAAACAGUUGGUAGUUUUGAUGUUUUCAGGAAAUCAAUAGGCACCAUGUAGCUGUUCAUGCCCAUCACUUUACUCAUGAAUCCUUUGUAAACAACAGCAGUAUGAGCCAGGUCUGUAUCUCAACUGUAACUGAAACCCGGGACUGUCUCAUACAGACUGUAAUGCAUGCUUGAACUACAAGCUGUAAGUAACUUUGUAAGAGUAGCCGAUCUAUGAUAGUGAAUGUUUAAUGGGAAGCUUUUGUUUUUUGAAUAUAAAGCUGUGUCAAAAGAAACAUCAACAAGUAAGUUUAUCACUGGAAAAGCAACCAAAUGAAGCACUUAGGCAGAGGUUGAAUAAUGCUGAAAGGAGGGUUUCCACAGAUGCUGGUGUAAGAUUAAUGAGAUUUUUGAGCAAAACAACUAAAUAAGUGUCCCAGUCUGGCAUGAUUUAAACUCCUUUUACAAUCCAAAAGCUUGAUGACAAACAUUUUACAUUGUGCAAUAAUCUAACUGCCCCCCUCUCUCUUUCUUUCUCUCUUUACCAGCUGACAGCCAAGAACAUCCAGUGUAUGCGAACCCUGUUGAACCUGGCUCACUGCCACGGGGCCGUGCUGGGGACCUCCUGGCAGCUGGUGCUGGCUACACUGCAGGUACAACUGCCACCUGGUACCACAUGCUCACUCCCAACAACACACAACAACAACAACACAUUUGCACAAAUCUGAUCAAAUUAAACUAGUCAAAUGAGACAGGACACAGUGUGUAUAUAUAUAUAUGUCUCAUGUCUCUAACAUGCAUACAACUACAAGAUAAGAUCAGAUAAGAUAAAACAAACCUUUAUUCAUCCUAGGGUGAGGAAAUUUGCAGCGCUAACAGCAAACAUAGAAAAAUAAGUACACUCAAAAGUACACUCAAAAGAUUUGAUUGAUUGACUCUCAGGCACACAGUACACUAGUCGAUCAAAAGGAAAAAAACUGAGAAAAAAUUUAAGCAACAACAACAAAAACAAACGGAAACUGAAAUGUUAUUAUUGCUCAUUAUUGAGGUCUUAUACCAGAGAAAAUGUAGAUAUUAAUAUGUAAUAUAUUUUUAGUCUGUCAAUAUUUCAAAUAUAAGUUUCUGUCGUUUUUAGGCUUUUAUUGCGUAUGAGAAAAUACAUGGCAUGCAGGAAAUAUCUUUCAUAACCUCACUAUCAAAUGUCUAAUUGCUUUCAGUGUAAGCUCUAGAAAUACUGAAACAAAAACAUGUGUUAUGAGUCAUAACUCAUUUGCAUCUCCUCUCAUUUAGGACAAAUAAUUAUCAGUAUUUGGUAGUCUGUCUGUAUUUGAGUCAUCAGCUCCUCACUCUUCUUUUCCAGCACUUAGUUUGGAUCCUGGGGCUGAAACCUGGGGUGGGUGGUGCCCUGAAGCCUGGCCGAGCUGUGGAGGGACCCAGCACAGUGAGUCUUUUUAUGUGUUUUAAUGCGUAUUCACAAUUUACAGCUCCUGUUUUGAAGCAGCAUCACUGUCCAGUACAUUUGGUCUGUAUUGUUUUGGACUUAGUGGAUGUUACUGUGUGUGUGACCUACACAGGUGCUGACCACAGCAGUGAUGACAGACCUGCCCGUCAUCUCCAACAUCCUGUCUCGACUGUUUGAGAGCUCCCAGUAAAGACCAGUCCUUUAUUUCCAGUAAUGAAUCAAUAUCAUUGAGAUGUAAAGGCUGUGUAUUCAGGUUUUGAUAUUUUAUCAUGAUACAGAUACUUGGAUGAUGUGUCCCUACAUCACCUGAUCAACGCUCUCUGUUCCCUCUCACUGGAAGCUAUGGAAAUGGCUUAUGGAAACAACAAGGUGAACACUCACAAUUUAAUUGGUUUUCAUUCAGUAUUGUAUUUUUUUUAAUGUCACUUAUAUUUAUCAUGUCAUUAUUACAUGUUUUUUGUUACAGGAGCCAUCUCUGUUUGCUGUGGCCAAGCUGCUCGAGACCGGCCUUGUCAACAUGGAUCGUAUUGAGAUCCUGUGGAGACCUCUUACUGGUCACUUAUUGGAGGUAACGUCCAUUCAAGGAUGCAUCGAACAUAUGCUGUGUAUCUUGCAGAUAUAGACCUCUGAUUUGAAACGUCUUCACCUCAAAUCUUUAAGACUCACUUACAGAUGAUUGCUAACAAAGUUCAAAGGGAAACAUUGUUGAAAUAACUCUCAAAGUGCAUUUUGUGUUACCACAAAGACUGAGCAGACCUUACCCAGAACAAAAAUGGUACAAAAAAAAUCUGAUCUUUUAAAUUUCAGCUAGAAAUGAAUACUUGUGUCAGUUCAGUAAGGGUAAGUCACUUUUCCCAGUCUGAUGAUUUAAUGAGGAACAUCAUGGAAAUCUUUGGAUCUAAAUGCUGCCCAUUAAAAGGAUCUAACAAUGCGAUUUCUCAUGAAGUCUGAAGCAUAAAAAGCUUCUAAGGAACAAAUGACAUUAAGUUAAAGCUGUAAGCAGCACCGGCUUGAUGAAAACCUGAUUCAGUCGGUCAGCUCUGAGGGAGGAAAUAAGCUGAAUGAGCAGUAAGGCUGAAAGUCUUAAACAUUUAAGAUCAAUGCCGAUUAAUUAUUUGUGUUUCACAUUUCGUACACUUAAAGAAAAAUUAAGAAGAAAAUGAAUUAACUUGGAUUUGGUUGUUUUUGUACAAUAACAUUGAGGUAAUUUUCCUUGUAUUAGAGUGUAGAAAAGUGUGUUUGGAGGUUUUCUUCACAUUUUCUUUGUCUAUCUCCCCUCUUUUUCGCUCUCCUGUCUGUUUUGCAGAAGGUAAGCUCAGAUUCUCUCCCUCAUAAUCAUCGGCUUUUCCCUGUAUUUUCUUUUUGUUUUCUUUUUCCUCCCAGCCUGACAUCAACAUGUUGGAGUUGAGAGGUCGCUGUGUCAAAAUGUGUCCGCAGUGCAUUUUCCUUCGUUGUUCCUGAUGUUGUCAUGCAAAAAUUUUCCAUGUGAUUUGCUAUCUGAUUGUCUGAGAACCUCAAUCUAAAGCUGAACCUGCAAAGUGCACUUCAUGCUCAGAUUAAACGCUGCUUACCUGUUGUUGCAGGCUUGAUCAAAUUCAGAUCCAGUGCUUUUACGUGUCGAAGGAAAACUGAGAUUGGUGUAAGGCUGGGCGAUAUGGCCUCAAAUCAAUCAUGGUAUAUUGAGCAGUUCACCUCGAUAACGAUAAAUAAACGAUAACUACUCCGCAAGCUGCUCACCCACUCCCACAUUAUCUCUGUCUCCAGCAGCGACAACUUUUGAACCGUUCUCCAUCUCCUCAUCUGUCUUUCCCUCUUUGUUACGGACUAGAUGGGGUGGAGUCACGUCUCCGAUGUAGGACAGCGUCUUAAAAGGACAUGAGACCAUAGCCUACCUACACACAUCCAAAACCAACUUUUAUUUAUUUAUUUUUUCGACACUGAAUAUGCCGAUAUGGCCAACAUGACAUCGGUUAUUGAUGUAAAUUUUAGUAUCUGUAAAUUUUCAGUUUAUCGCCCAGCCCUACAUUGGCGCCACCUUGUAUUUAUUUGGAGAGAAAAAUUCUGAUAAAGAUUAAGAGCCACUGAUGAUCAUGCAGGACUGUUAAAGCCAAAAUAUUGUAUAGAGACACAUGGACCAUCCGGGUCUUGGAGCAGUACCCUGUUUUGAGUACUUAGCAGACCAGUUUUUUCUCAAAACAAAGUUUUCUGUUUACACUAAGUGUAAAAAUAUGCUUGAGAAACUUCCCCAUAGACCUAAAAUGAUUCAUUUAGAUCAACCAUGAGCUCAGAAUAUGAGUAGAUAUUUAUAUAUAUGUGUCUCUGUUGAGCCUGGCCUCUCCAUGUGUAUCUAUAUUGUACUAUCAGCCAUGAUUACACUGUCUGUCACAAUGUAUCCUGUCAUCACAGGGGAUCCCAGUUUCUAUCACACAGUCUAGAGUUUAUUUCACCCACUCAUUUCACACCCACCCACUCUGACCACAGCUGGGAGCACUGAACAGCCUCUGCAUCAGAUCUGUCAUCGCCUGCAAGUGUCUGCAUUUGUGUGUCUGUGUGAUGUGUUCCUGCAGGUCUGCCAACACCCAAACUCCAGGAUGAGAGAGUGGGGGGCGGAGGCGUUGACGGCUCUUAUCAAAGCUGGCCUGGCGUACAAGCAUGACCCUCCAUUGGCCCAGAACCAGGUAGAUAACACUACAGCUGUCUGCAGUUACACAGAAACAUAAAACAAAACAAAGAAGAUCUACCACAGGGGGCUUUAUUUUGAAAAUGUGUAAACAAUUGUUUCAUUUCCUCCACUCUCGUAGCCUUGCUCUACGAUACAAUCGUCGCAGGGACACACAAGUAUUGUAUCCAGUAGAUGUUUUGUUUCACUACUUAAAAUGUGCCUGACAUUUGAGAACUCUCCUCUUCUGUUUCAGCGUAUGUCAUGAUAGAUAAGAGUGUGUUGAAUGCUGAAAACGAGGAAAACAUAAAUGUCACAGUCACUUACUGUUUUCCCUCACAAACACACAGUCUGUGACCUUCACCUCAGAGGGAAAAAUAAAGGGAACGGCACAGAGCGAAUCAAACGCAGGGGCAGCAGAACUGAGUGGAGGUUAAUAGAAAAGCACAGAGGCACAAAAAAUGAUGCCUGCACUGUAGAAAUGCCAAGGACCAACACAUUUAGUUAACUGUCUACAAGCUUUCAAUAUUGCGUGAUAAAGAAUUAAUGUAGAGUAUCCAACCAUCUUUAAAUGGAUAAGGCGAGAAGAAAAAAGAGGAUUUACAGAUCAUGCUAGCAAUGGGAAUAAAAAAAGAUGAUAUAUGAAAAGUAGGGCUUAAACAUUAUCGUAUUGUCACCUCACAGUAACCGUAGCCAUAAAUCACAUAAAUUAUUUUAUCGCUGUAUUUAUGUAUAUAAAACUGGAAAUUUCAAAGAACACAAAGUAAAACUGAGACAAGGGGGAACAAAUUAUUCAGAAGUUAUGUGAGAGCAUAAAUUUUCCUAACAAAUAUAGUUCACUUACAUGUUAGAUGUUUUAGAUUUGAGAUUAAUCCACAUCUUUGGAUGUGUAACAAAACCUUAGUAGACAUUUCCUCAUAAACAAUCGUGUGCUGGACUUUUAUUUUGAUUUUUUUAAAUCUAUCGUGUUAACGCAUCUUUAUUCCUCACUUAUGAAAGUGAUACUUUUACUCUGGACUAAAAUCAUUGAGAGAGAGAAUAUGUGUUUUAUGAAUAAGUAACCCAGAGAGACAAAAGCACCAACAAUGACUUUGAACUUAUUAUUAUUAUUAUUAUUAUUGUUAUUUUUUUAACCAUUAUUAUUUUUGCUAUUAGUAUUAUUAUUGUUUUAUUUAUUUUUUAUUUUUUACUCUACAUAUUAUUAUUAUUAUUAUUAAUUAUUUUAUUUUUAUUAUUUUUAUUUUUAUAUUAUUAUUAUUAUUAUUAUUAUUAUCCAGCAAAAAGAAAAGAUUAAAAAUGCAAGAAGAUCAGCAAGAUCAAACACAAAUCAGAUCAAACUUGCAGAUAUCAAAGAUAUUUAGAGCAAUUAGGCGAAAGAAACAAAGACUUAAAAAUUAACAGUGAUUGACAAUAAUAAAGACUAUGAGAGGACCACCUAUGUUAUUUGAGACUUGAUGAUAUGUCCAGAAUGCAGACAAAGAAGUCCUUUGAAACCACAAUAUCCAAAGUGGUUGUGUGUUGCCAUGUUUUAACUAAACAUGCAUUAGAAAAAAAGGCUUUUAUGCUUUCACUAUGAGCUGGAAUCUUCUGUUUAAGGUUAAAAAAACAACAGUCAACAGCUGUGGGCCUAAGGGCAUAAUUUAUGGAUGUAUGUACAAAUAACAUAGCUCAAAGUAAACAGCAGAUGAAUACAGUCAAUUGAAAAUAGCAUGGAUAACUUUUCAUGGUCAUAUGUCCCUGAAUCUCAACGUAACGACUAAGGUUAAAAAACAUUGGACUAAAACUCUUAACAUCUGUAGAGGGCACAGAAAAAGUUAAAGGCAAAAAGAUGCUCAGAACUGAACAAACUAUGUGAAUGAAAACAAACUAAAAAACAAUUUCUACAACCUCGGUUACAGAGUAAGCAUUUCAUCUCCACAGGUUAUUGUCUAUCAUCUCAUAAACUAGGUAUAAUCCCCCUGUUUCAACCCUGUAGCGGCUGCAGCUUCUGUUGCUGAACCCCCUGAAGGAGUUGUCCAACAUACUGCACGCAGACAUCAGGCAGAAGCAGCUGGAGAGCGUCCUGCAGAUCCUCCAGAGCCAGGGAGACAGCCUUGGACCUGGCUGGCCCCUGGUUCUGGGUGUCAUAGGAGCCAUCCGCAAUGAUCAAGGGUAAGACCUAAAGAGUCAGGGCUUUACUAUUUUAGGUUUCCUGUUAUUGUUUUUUCACGUUUUAUACAAACACAGACUAUAUUUGAGUUAUUGCAUUAGUUUCAAUCCAAAUUUUUAGAGGAUCUGAACUGAAGCGAUGUCAUGUGUCUUGUGUCCCUUUAGGGAGUCGUUGAUCCGAACAGCCUUUCAGUGCCUGCAGUUGGUGGUGACGGACUUCCUGCCCACAAUGCCUUGCACGUGCCUGCAGAUCGUCGUGGAUGUAGCCGGCAGCUUUGGACUUCAGAACCAGGAGCUUAACAUCAGCCUCACUUCCAUCGGCCUGCUGGUAGGAGAACAAAUGUUUUGUCUUGUGAUAUUUCCUCUUCUCACAUGAUGAUUUGCAGAAAAAGUUAUUACGUCAUCAACCCAUGUAUAAGAGGGCAGGAGUCUGUCAGUUCUCAUGAGUGAGUGUGUGUUACUAUGAGGAGGUAGAGCAAUGCUCAUGUAAAAUAUUUAUGUAUAUUUUUUAAAAAGGAACGAUGAAUAAAAGAAGCGCCUUGCCUUUUCUUGAGUCUUGUUGAAACUGGAUUAUCUGUGAGGGAGAGACAGGUUGGAGGUUUUUCUUUUUCAAUACUUUAAAAGCUAAAAUAUAGUAUCUUUAAAAUGAUUACACCUUUAUAAUAACAUAUAUAACUCCUUGUUUUGCCUUAUUUGAUCUAAUUUAACUGCACUUAACCACUCCGCUGACAUCUCCCAGAUACUUUACACAGUAUUCAGGACAUGCAAAACCUGAUAUCGAUCUGUGGUUUACAGGAUUACUUCCCUUGGAGUGUGGCAGUUCCUGUGAGAUUACUUUAUGGUAAUAGGAUAGCAAAACUGCCAGAAGCGUUUUACCAACCUUGCUCUCCACACUCCCUACCCCCUCUUCCUUCUCCCUUUUUUUUUUUUCUCCCCACAGUGGAACAUUUCGGACUACUUCUUCCAAAGGGGAGAAGCCAUCACACAGGAGCUGGAGAGGGAGGAGGAGGCUCAGCAAAAACAGGCAAUGGAGAAAGGAGAGACCCUGAACAGGCCCUUCCACCCCGCCCCUCCUUUCGACUGCCUGUGGUUGUGCCUGUACGCCAAGCUGGGCGAGCUGUGUGUGGAUCCACGGCCUGCUGUGCGAAAAAGCGCUGGGCAGACGCUGUUCUCCACCAUUGCUGCCCAUGGGACCCUGCUGCAGCAACCGACGUGGCAUAUUGUAGUCUGGAAGGUAAGUGGAAUGAGGAAAUUUGUCAUUUAGUUCAUUUUUUUCGCAGAAGAAAAAACAAGGAGAUCAAAAACUCCUCUUUGUCGUCACUAGGUACUCUUCCACCUCCUGGAUUGUGUGCGGACGUCAUCCACCACGGCCGACAAGGAGAAAAUCGAGUCCGGUGGUGGGAACAUCCUCAUCCACCAUUCUCGUGACACAGCUGAGAAACAGUGGGCCGAGACGUGGGUUUUGACACUAGCUGGGGUGGCACGUAUCUUCAACACGAGGCGGUAUCUCCUACAGCAGUUAGGUGAGCCACGUUAGUCUACUUUGAUGGAUUACAGGCUCAUAUCUGAUUUUUUUUAUUCCGGUAAAAUAUGACUAAUAAAACAUGAGCUCAUCAUUGUCUGCUCUCACCCCUUUAAACAUUGAAAUCAGUGCCAAAUCACAAGAGGUAACUCACAAUCUACAACACAUCACUAACCCUACUUAAAGAGGAGAGCUGCUCUUUCUAAAUACAUCCCAGAUACAGUGAGUAAGUGUUGCUGGCAAGGCAAUAUCGUUGUUAUUGGAUUAGGAUUGAACUGAUAAUAGAAGUAUAGGAAAUGCCUCCUACGCAGCAAGCACACAAGUCAAUGCCAAGAACUGAUACCAUAAUUAAUUACCUACCACCUUCCUACAGAAAAGAGCAACUGGGAAUUUAGUCUUAUUCACCCCCUGAAAAACAGAAGCUCGCCCACUAAGUUGUGGUAUACGAUACUCUAUCAUGGAUGCAAAAUUCAUAUUUAACUGAAAAUACAGCAAAGACAGCCUGACAAUGUCUGAACUUUUAUUGUUUAUGAAAACCAUCUGCUCAUUUUAAAUGUCAUGCCAGCAUCAUGUUUCAAAGAAGAAGGGACAGAGACGUGUUUACUCAGUGUUGCAUCACCUCUUCUUUUGACAACACUCCGUGAAACAGAGGAGAGUAUUUUUUUUCUGGGUUUUGCAGGUGGAAUGUUGUCAGAUUCUCACCUGAUUUCACCCAGUGGUUUAUGGUCUUUUUCGUUCAGUUUCGCAGUGGAUGACGAGUCAGGUGUCGGGUCAGAUUACUGCUCGGACUCUCUGACUAGUUGUUGGACAUGCAGAAUGUGGUUUGACAUUGCCUUGCUGAGAUAUGAGGGUCUUUCUCGCAAACCUUGUGUCUGCAUCAUAGACUGUAUAAAAUGGACGCCGUCUGCCUCCUCGCUGGAUGAAGCCAUUCCGAGAACAGCACCCUCUGGUGACGGGCUGCAGUAUAGGUCAUGAAUCCUGCUUCCUCCAGCAAUCCCUAUGGAGCUGUGGACAAACUUUAGGAAUAAACUACACAGAAUAUAAUUUUUUUCCCCCCUGCUUGUGAUGUUGACAUGUAGUUACUCUAAGACUGCUUUGUGCUCAAGUCCUCUUUUUUUCUGUGCAGCUCCAUUUUUAAAAGUUAUUAUGGAUUCAUGUUCUGUAUGAUUGACACUUGAUACAGCCUGUGGGCGUACAAAGAUUGUGUAGCUCACCCAGCCGAGCGUCAUCCCAGCGACUCUCCCGUCGAAUGUGGUUUGCAGACUAUAGUAUUUGUGUUUAAUUGCCUUCUUGUGCUGAUAUCAGUAUAUUUUCACCCUGCCAAACCACAUUGUCCCCGCCGCAGAAGGGUUUGCCAUCAGAGUCGCCCCCCACCCGCCCCGAUUGGUCGAAUUUUUGGUCGAAAAUUUCAGGGUUUUAGUCGACCAACUAUCUCUUUGGUUGAAUACAGCCCUAUUGAUGUGCAAGUUACCUGUGCUAAGGGCACUAAUAAAUCUCCACACUGUCACAGAUUCUGGUGUUUGUGCAUCAGCAACAAGCUGGGUGGUCUCUCUUUUUUUAGAGCGGAUGAUCACAAAUGUUGAUUUAUUUGAACCCAGGACGAGCAUGUGGUUUCAUUUUUAAAGGGUGUUAAUAUCAGAGAUUCCAUUAAAUCUAAGAUAUCAGGUAGGCAGAAAUUUCUCUAACAUAAUCCCUGAUAUUAUAAGAUGAUAUUUAUGUGAAAAUUCAUUAACUGAUAAUCGUGUCAGUUACCACUAACACCCACAGUUCUGGUGAUAGCUCUCUACAUGCAGUGUCUUCGAACUUCUGUUAUUUACCUCAUGUUGGUUUCACAUAUUAAAGUGCUAAUUGUCUCAUUUUAAUUACAGUUGACACACGCUGUUAAUUGGCAGUCUCACGCUCUCCCGUCAUUCCGCUGUGUGUCUGCAGGUGACUUUUUCGAGGCCUGGGAGGUGCUGCUGAACCACAUCCAGUCGGCUGCUCUCAGCAAAAACAAUGAAGUCUCCCUGGCUGCGCUCAAGAGCUUUCAAGAAAUCUUACAGAUCGUCACUCCUGUCAAAGACUCUGAUAAAGCAGGUGAUGCACUCGCCGCUAUGGGUGUCCCUGCAGUGCUCAUUGACCCUCUUUCAGCGUCUGGUCCUGGUAGACCUCUGGUACGUUCGGACUCGCUAGUCGAGCGCCUGACGCGAUACAAUGGCGCAGAGAUGCAGGCACCUCCCCCAGGGGAGGAGUCAGCCUUAGAAGACUCUGCAUUGUGGUGGUCGGCGUGGAACACGUGGUAUCGAACUGGGACAGACAGCACGAGGCCACCUAGUGGCGCGACGGAGAAGCUCUCCUUCAUCCCCAGCCAGCCCUUCCUCACGGCGCUGAUCCAGAUUUUCCCAGCUCUCUACCAGCACAUUAAGACCAACUUCAGUAUGGAAGAUCUGAAGAAGCUGGGGGUGAUCCUCCACGGGGCCGUCUCCGUGCCGAUCAGCAGCGACGCCUCGCCCUUCAUCCUCCCUUCCUACACUGAGGCCGUGCUCACCAGCCUGCAGGAGGCUGUUCUCACAGCCCUGGAUGUUUUGCAGAAGGUGGGUGACGAAAUUAUCUGAGGAAAAGAGUGUUUUAAAGAAUUAUUUUUCAGGUCAUUUUGUCGUUUUUCGACAAGACGGAUAAGGAGAGAUGGGUAGUUUUGGAAGGAGGUAGUCAGUCGGGGUGGGAAUCAGUAGUGGCCCCAGGAUACGAUAUUAUCACGAUACUUGAGCCACGAUACAAUAUUUUUGUGAUUUUUAACAUUUUGCAAUACAGUGAGUAUUGCGAUACAAUAUAUUGCGAUUUAUACAAUUUUUCAACCAUUUAGCUAAUUUAGCAUUUGUCUUCCCUUUAUGUUUGUCUCAUUUAUGCUGUAUUUUAUUUUCAUGUAGCACAUCUUGCAAACCUUAUAUAUAUCUGUUACACUAACUUUCUCCUGCUCUAUGAUUUCACCUCUACCGACCUCACUGGACAAACAUUUGAUUUUAUUUUUCCAUUAUCAUAGAUUUGACUUCAUAUUAGCAAUUUAUUUGUAAAAUUGAUACUUGGUGAAAGAGACAAUACAAUUUAUCACCGGACAAAAUAUCACGAUACUAUGCUGUAUCGAUUUUUUCUCCCACCUCUAGUAGUCAGGGUGAGAUGCAGCUGAGGGCCAGAGGUUGCAAUCAAUGAAGGCCGUUGUGGUGAGCACCACAGCCUCUGCAAAAAGGAUGAACUUUAACCACUGAGCUAAACUGGCACCCUGCAAACAGCAUAUCUAAUAUCUUUCUUCAUCAUGUAACAAACAAAAUGGCACAAAAGUUUUAGUCACGUUGGUUCAUGUUGACUCUGAGGGUCAAAAAUUGAAAAUCCUUCCAAAAAUGUCUCCAGAUUUAAUCUUGAUUGAGUUUAUCCCAAUACAAGAGUGUCUUUACGAGUUACAGGUAAUGAAAAUUGAACUGUUUAGUAUGGAAACUGGGAGGUGACGUUAACUUUUUUUUAAAAGUUUGCAUGUGCGAUUUAAUAUCCCGUACAUGCAUUUUAGUAUAUUGCGGGUGUGAUUUAACUGUUCGCUAAGAACCAUAAUCAUUUCCUGCAAGUCGGAAUAUCGCCAACAGCAAAGUCGCUGUGCUUUAAGGACGCUGAUGAGGUGUGUCGUACUCAAAACAACACCAAAUGUGGCUGAGCUAUGAAGUAUCUCAUUGUGAGUCUUACCUAAAUGAAAGAAAAUGUUGAUAAUAAUUUCUCUGUCCAUGACACUGUCCUUCUUCUCUCACAAAUAAGGCGCACAAGGGAUUAUUUACAAAAAUGCAUUUGCAAGAUACAUAUAAAAUGCACAUUCGAGAUACUAAAUCACAUGUGUGAAUUACAAAAAAAAACAGUUAAUUUCACCUCCUGGGCUCUGUAGUUUAGUCUUUGUAGUGCCAAAAAAUUGUAAGGAACAUCUUGGAGUUGUUCGUCCAAGUUGCCAAACUAUUUUCCUUUCUUAAUAUUUGUAAUUUGGACGAUGAUUUUGUUUAACAAUGGUCCUCUAACAUGAAUAUGAGAUAUGCUGACCCUUAGUCAUCCUGUCAACCGUGACGAUUUUUCUUCAUAUUGUCUCUUCUUAGCUCAGGAAACAAUGUGUCAGUCUGUUAAAUUAUGCAAUGUGCAAUCCCGUGGUGGAUGUCAGCAGUGUUUGUUCCUGCCUUCCCUCCCUGCUGCAGGCCAUCUGUGUGGGCCCGGAGAACCUGCAGGUCAUGUACCCGGCCAUCUUUGAACAGCUGCUACUCUUCGUGGAGUUCUCCUGCAAGCCUCCUCAGUACGGCAGGAUGGAAACCAAACACGUGGCCAACGCCAAAUAUAACCAGGUAGGGGGGUGAGACUGAAACACUGCAGUAUUUCUUUCUUUUUUAUGUCUUUUUACUGAUUGUUUCAUAAAAAUGUUGGAUGUUGUACUCUGUUUUUCAUUGUCCUUUUCUCUUCAGCCAUUCUUAAAAAGAUCAUCCGUCUUCUGUGAUGUUUAUGAAGCCCCCCACUCACCCACCCACCCUUCCUCUAUGGGUGUAGCUCUAAUGAAUCUCCUAUUGUGUCCCUUUAUGAGAGUGACGGGUUCCUCUGAAUCUUCAUUGAUCGCCUCAAGUCAUCUCUCUGUCAUAUUCCCUGCGUCAUGAUUCUCCUUGCUCGGCGGCGCACAGAAAGGAAUGUUUUGCAAAUUUCCAGUUCAAACACAGUUGAAACGAAUUUACAAAUAACACAAAACAAGGUUUUUCCACUGAACUCGCCGAAUGAAUUCAUUCAUUAGAGUUCAAACAAGACUUAACACACAAUGUCGUUUUGAUAUCAGGGGGCUUUCUGGGUUUUUUUUUUAAACCUUUAAAGUCCAGCAUGUGUUCUGCCUUCAAGGAGAGGAUGGGAGUUGUUUUGCUUAAACGCUGACAGGCUGGUGCUGUUAUGCUUUAAAAAUGUAAGAGCUUAAAAAUUUGUGUUUCAAAUCUUGCUGGUUAAUCUGUUAGUUCUGCCUGCGGGACGAGAUUCAUCCUUCAACUGGACAGCUCUGUUGUUCUGAACCUGUUGAAACUGUUUAAAAAAAGGGUCGAAGAAAACCCCCCACCUGCCAAACAGAUGUUUCUAAUGGUCCUUAAUGCCUUGAUGGCUUUCAUCCCCUGUGUUUUUAGAUGUUCUUGGUGCUACGAGUGAAAUCAAGUUUCUUCCCUAAAGCAAUCUUGAUUGAAUCUUAUUCAUAGCUCAGCUCACACGACACCAGUUUAAUUGCGAUAUCCUUUCUCAUUCUGUUUCUCGGGACUACUCACUGGAUAACCAUUUUAGAUCCAGCUGUUUGCACCGGUGAGUUGUGUCAUCUCCUUCAGCCCCCACUUCCCCACUCCCCCUUUUCUCUUUAGUGUUACUAAGCUGUGCUGAAUGGUGACGACCCGUUCUGUGCGGUGGAUGAGACGUCACACCGCACGGCAGGCUCUCACCUCUCAUCUGCGUCUCUCACUCACUCCAUGCUCCCCUCUCUCUCUGCCUGCCACUAACUAGUGGUCAUGCCUCUGUGUGCACAGUCCCUGUGCAGUUUGAUUUCUUUCAGUUGAUUUUUUUUUGUGUUUUUGGUGCACAUGUGUGAUUUUUUUCCUUAAAGACACACUUUGUGGCAUCAAAUGAGCCAUGUCCUCUAAUCAACCUAACAAUCCUGAAACUGUAACUGGAUCUUUGACGUGAAUGUCGGUGCGUGAUCUUACAAAGUGUGUCUUUAAAAACGGCUUUUAUCGUGACUGUCAACAAGAAGGCAUAGUGGUUGUCGUUUUGUUAAAUUUAUGUCUUCUCUCUUUUUUUGUUUCUCCCGUUAAAUCCUUCAGGCCGAAUGGGUUGCCUUAAACUAUGUGCCCUUUGCUGAGCGCUCCUUGGAGGUGGUGGUGGACCUGUACCAUAAAACAGCAUGUCACAAGGCUGUCAUCAAUGAGAAGGUCCUGCAGAACAUCAUCAAGGUAAUUCAAUCAGGAAUGACAGAAAAUUUGUUUCCCAUGAUAAAAAAAGCGAAUAUGAUGAUUGGCAGUGAAUGGAGAUUCAUUUUUAAGACACAUUUAGUCCCAUCUGUGCUUGCGUUUAUGUUUUUGAGUGUCCAAUAAGAGCAGACAGUUUUGUUUUACUAACAGGACUUUUCACAGACUGCUGCUGUCAAAAAAGGGGUGCUGUUUUAUUGCUAAGUUUAGAGUGAAAUUUCCAGUAAACCUUACAGGGAGGGAUUUCACUUAUGACGUAUAACAUGAUAAGAUACAAUACGAUAUGGUUCCGCACAAUGCAAGACAAUAUGGUACAAUAUAAUACAAAACAAUACAAUGUGAUUCAACACUACAAGAUGUGAUCUGAUCCAAUCAAACACGACACGACCUGAUAUAAUAUGGUGCGGUACACAAAAUACAAUCUGAUAUGAUGUGAUUUGAUCCAAUAUGAUUCAAUACAAAAUCAUACAAUACAACAUGGUCUGAUACAAUAUAAUAUGAUAUAAUGGGAUAAAACACAAUGCAAUACAACCAUAGACUGUAGAAAUGGAUAUCGUCUGCCUCCUCGCUGGGUGAAGCCUGUGUGAAAACAGCACCCUCUUGUGACUGGUUGCAGUAUAGGUCAUAAACCCCACCUCCUCCAGUAAACUUAAUGGAGCUGUGGACAAACUUAGGAAAUUUAUCACAAGACAAUCCAAUUACCUGUACCUAUAAUGUGAAAGUGCAGGUUUAAGGUGUUCUUAUGGAGAUCGCAUUUAAAUUUGGUCAUAUUUAGAGCCCCUAUCAACCAAAUUAACAAACACUUUCUAACUAUGAUAUUUAUGAUCAUAUGUUUAACUUAUUAACAACGUUGCAAAUUUAUUUAUCCUUUAGUGAAAGUUCCCCAAAGGAAAUUAAAAUUCCAGCAGCGUAAUCACAGAAAAGAAAAAAGACUGAUCAAAUGUACAAUGUUUAUGAAGAAUAAAGUUACAAUGGAAACUCCCCAGAUAUCUGAUGGCAUGAAGGACAAAGGAGUUUUUCAAUCUUUCUGUCCUAAAUCAAAAUAUCCAAACUAAACUUUAAUUCGUCUUUGAAAUUUAAUCAAUUAAAUAUUAAAAAAGCAAACCUAACACUUGGUGCAAAGCGAGCAGGUUUUACUUGGAUAAUAGUGACAAAAUGCAUAUCCGAUCAAUUACAAAUAUACACACCCAAGUCUUGACACUCGACUUCAAUAAAACAACUCCGUCCCUGCUCUCUUUUCUCUCUCUUUGUCACCUUUGCUGCCAGCUCACUUGCUGACUGCUGGCUGCCUGUAAUCUAUAAUCAGGCUGGAGAUGUCCCCCUCUGCAGUCUUGCACUUCAGUCUCUUCCUCUCCAGGCUUCGCAAUUCUCUGUUGUCCAGGAACAAAAAAAAGGAGAUUAGGUAGCAAUAAAAGUAAGAAGCGGUAGACGUAUUUUGUAGCUCACUGCUCUGAGAGCAUUCGUUAUGAGUAGUUUUCAGGAGGUUGGUUCAGGGUCAGAAAGCUCAGACAUAAAUCAAUCUGAAAGUUAGCUGAUAGCUCACACAGCCCAGGGAAACUUGAAUUUAGCUGGGCGAAAAAAGUCAUUCUGAACAAGGUUUUAUAAUAGCUAUGGAUGCUUAUUUUCACUCAGGGGUUUUCGAUGCAUAAAGACAUGAAUUACAAAUUCUUAGUGCUACAAGUAAAACCCACCAGUUAUGUAAAAGCAGCAGAUUUUCUUUCUAACAAGGCAGAUUUAGAGUGUUGAUUUUCUCUUCGACUCACUCUAACUACUGCCUUUACAUCAAUAACAGAGAGAAUUAUUAUAUCUAUCUCAAAUGGAUUAGAAUUUUUUCAUCAUCCUCUUGUGAUAGACAAUUGGUCCUUGUCUCCUAGAAGCCUGAAUGAGCCAGUGUUUGCUAACAUGCAUGACUGAUCGGUUUUCUCCAGUGUCAAUAUGUCAGAGCUGUGAUGAAAGCUUGUUGCCCCCUCCCCACACACACACAUCAGUAAUCUGGAUAUGAAAUAGUGAUCAACCUUUUCUUUUUUUUGUCUGUAAUUAUUUUCUGUCUUCUAAGAACCUUGUAUUGUAAUGAAAGGAGAGUUCAUGAGUCGAAUGUUGUGAGUGAGCUGUUUUACAAGAGAGCGGUUGUUAAAUAUCACACUCAGGAGUUUCUUUGCAUGUGCUGUAUGGUAAUGAUUUUAGUAAAAAAUGCUUUUACGUCACGUAACACUGACAUGACAGCACCAGCGUGAGACAUACAGCACAUCUCAGCUCAACUCAAAAGAAUAGAAUAAAAUAUUCCUUUAUUGAUGCCCCAUGGGGGAAAUUAUUUUGCCACAGCAACAUCACAGACAUAGAGUGCAAAAAUGCAGUUAUAAAAAUAAAGAUCAUAAUAUUAAGAACUUAAAUAAAUGUAAUAAUUAAGAAAAAAUUUUAAAAAAGGAAAAAGGGAGAAGAAAAUAAAGCUAUAUAUAAUAUACGCAAUUUAAGUACCAAAGCACUUUAAAACAACCACAGCUGCACAAAGUGCUGUACAUAAAUAGACAAAACAACGCAGACAUAAAAAAACAAUUAAAACAAUGGAUAAAAUAAAAGCAGAUAUUAAAAAAUAAAAUAUAGUUUCAGUGUUUUUAAAAACUAAUUCAAAAACAAUAGAAACAAAUAACUAAAUAUGAACCAUUAAACACUAAAACAGGAGCCGAGUCUCAUGCAUCUCACAUGGAGUAAAUAUUUCAUCAUCUGUCAUUAUGAGGAAAAAUCUCCCACAGCUGAUUCUGAGUCUUGUGUUGCUCUCAGUUUCUGACACCUGUGUUUAACUGCUCUUUUCCCGUAAGCUCUAAUUUUCGAAGGAACAAUUUUGCCGUUUCCCUGCGGAUGACUCCAGAUCUGGCCUCAACCCUCUUUUGUCUCCAAAACAUUAAGGCAACACUUCUUGAAGUCUAAACCUCGGGGAACUCAGCUGCUCUGAGAGAAAGUUGUUGACUUUUUUUCUGAUUUUGUGAAAAGAAACUUGGAAAGCACCACCGCCUAUCGCUGUUAAAGUUUUUUGCAUUUUUGUGAAAGAAAGAAGACGAUGAGGGAUUUUGAGAUUCGAUCUGUUUUCCUCUCAUGAUUGAUUGUUGUUUUCUCUUUCUAUUAUCCUCUUCACCCUUCAGACUCUACGAAUGCCCCUGGGUUUGAAGUAUGCCUGUCCAUCAGAGAGCACCUGGAAGCUCGCCGUUUCGUCUCUGCUCAAGGUUCUGUCUAUCGGACUUCCCGUUGCGCGCCAGCAUGCCUCAUCUGGAAAGUUCGACACCAUGUGGCCAGAGCUAGCCAACGCCUUCGAAGACUUCCUCUUUACCAAAAGGUACGAAUAAAUAAACUCAGAAUACAAAUCAUCACCGUCGUCAAAUGCACAAUUAUGAAAUUCUGAGUACCGAGCUGUUUGUUUCUCCAUUUAUAGCACACCUCCUGAUAACCUUUCCAUCCAGGAGUUUCAGAAGAAUGAAGCCAUUGAUGUCGAGGUAAAUCCACGCUUCGAGCAUCCAGCCUUUUGAAAUGAGUUUGGAGGCAGCAAAUGUCAUCAUUGUGUCUUUUUCUUUUUAGGUGGUCCAGCUGAUCAGCACAGAGAUUUUGCCGUUUGCCAAUUUCAUCCCCAAAGACUUUGUUGGCCAGAUUAUGGCCAUGCUCAAUCGAGGCUCCAUUCACUCCCAGUCUCCCUCAUUUACAGGUAACAUACACAGCGAUAAUAGAUAAAAUAAUCGGACUGGAGCUGUUGUUUACUCGUACUUCUUUUGAGAGCGUCCAAGUUUGGGGAUCAUACUGAAACCAUUAAGUCCUUGUUUGUUUGAUGAGUUCCUCCCUGUGGCUCAUCACCAACAAUAGCUUCAUGUGUUGAGCAAGACAGUAAAGCCCCAUCUGUCCACUCGUCGUAAAUCACUCCGGCAAUUGGCGUCAGCAAAAUGUCAAACAUGAGAGUGGUUUCUAUUUUGACAGAGGCAGAAAUCGACGUAAGGAUGAGGGAGGAUUUUUCCAAGGUGUGUUUCGAGACGCUGCUGCAGUUCUCCUUCAGCAACAAGGUGUCCACCCCUCAAGAGGGCUACAUCUCCCGCAUGGCGCUGUCCGUGCUCCUCAAGAGAUCCCAGGACGUUUUGCGACGCUACGUAGAAGAUGAGAGGUUGAGCGGACGCUGCCCCCUGCCCAGGUACAACCCACUGUACACCUCUGAGUAAGACCCUGUACCUGUAAAAUACCUGAUUGGUUAUGUUCCUUUUUUUGGGUCAGGUUUCUCCCAAACAAACUCUGGAAUUGAUCUGACGCUUUUAUCACUGAGACAUUUAGGAACACAAAACCAAAACAACAUCAGCUUAACCUCUGCAUCCGACAUAUUUCGUUUUUGUUUUUAGAAACCAGCAUGAAACCGCUCUACUUAAAAGCUGGCCCCACAUUUCAGUCUGCAGUACGCUUUUUUAAGAAACAACAGAAUCGAGGGAGGCCCGAGGCGGACAUUGUACUGUUUGUUGAUACAGAAAAUGGCAAAGGCAGAGUGGGGGCAGUUCACAAAGUAGGACAAAUCAGAAUUUAAACAUUUACAGCAAAUUUAAGGUGACUGAGAUUUUUUACAAACAUUAUAGAAGCCUAAAUACGUCAUGUUGAAUAUGUAUGAAUGUGAAACAUCUGAAUUUGAAAAGCAAACAUGACAACAGUCACAUUGGUAAUUUUAUGUACUAUUUUUUUCUGCAACUCGUGUUUUUUGAGGAUAUAAAUCAGUGACAUAACACUCUAAGCAUGUACGUACAUUUAUGCAUAUUUGUGCAAAAACCCAUAUACAGUAAAUACACAAGAAUAUCCUCUAAAUCUCAAACACAAAAACCACUCUCACCCCUGCCCAGUUCAUUAUUAGAGAUAAAAUGAACACAAAUACUAUCGGAGCAGAAGUUUAAACAAUAGUUUUUCGUAAUUCUAGAAAGGAAUACUAAGAAAAAUGUAGCUUUUAAGGUCCUUUCACAGCGGGACUGUUUCUGUCGUGCAAUUAUUUCAGACGUCAAUAUUUUUUUUCGAACCCGUAUCCUGUCAAUACAAGAGUUCACAUCAGCGACGUUUCCCCAUCCUGCAAUAUUGCAACGUUUAUUUUUUUGGAUCUUAGUCGAUUUUUCUAAAGUUUCGCAUACUGUGUGUCCACUUCUGACCAAUCAGAUUUAGUGUUGUUGCGACGUCAGAUUCACCGGUCUAUCCAACAUGGCCGACCGGCUGAUUGUUAACGUGUUGGAGAACAGAGUGCUUUUAUGAUAAAAACACAAAUAUUACAAAGAUAACGACCUGAAGGACAACUUGUGGGAAGUCAUAGCGUCGGACGAUAGUUUGUGUGCUUUAACAGUUUGCUAAACGUCUUUCAUCUGUGCUAACAUAAGCUAACGGUUGUUAUUAAAGUUUCAUGUGCGUAUCUUCUCGCCUCUGAUUGGCUAUAAGUGCUGACCAUUUGGCUUGAGCGUGUGAUGACGUUUCCAGCUUUUCUAGCCAAUCAGAGGCGAAGGAGACAGGACUUUCCCUGGGAAAAGUCUUCCCCGGGAUGUGUCUUUUUUUUCCCCCGGAAAGUCGCAAAAUCACAUCGGGCUUGAUGUGUAUAGUCAGGCGCGUCAAAUUUCACCUCUGAAUAUUUCGUAAGUUCACGUUCUGUAUUCGCGUCGGCCCUGGUGUGUAAGGACCUUUAGUCUAUUCGACCUGCAAUAUUAGAACAAAACUGUGUCCUUCAAUCAUGCAUCCAAUUUUCAAAUAUGACAAAUCACACUGUAUCCUCCCAUCAACCAUGUGCAUCAAGUUGAAUCGAGCCUUUUGUGGCUCAUGAGAGCCGUCUAGAUCUCGUAACCUCAUGCUAGCUGUCACAAGCAGCUUCAGGCUACAUUAGCCACUAAAAACAACAUCUACAAAUUAACAAAUCAGCUCCAAUACGGGUUCUACAAGGCACCGAUUUUCAACACUUUAUUAAAUGUCUCUUUUUAUCCUUGCAAUGUUAGAGGACGGUUGAGCUAUUUUUGGGGGGUUUGCUCUGAGCUGAAAUAAAACAACUGAACCAUUUAUAAAGACUGUACAGCACUGACUGUUUUAAGAUAAAAUAUGAGCCAUCCUCUAACUGUUACAUCCACAGGUUUGAUGCAAAAUGUGUCUUUGUGGUUAAAAAAAAAAAAGAGUCUCUGCUUUUAUUUGUUUCAGGCAACAAGUGACAGAGAUUAUCUUUGUCUUGAAAGCUAUCAGCACUUUGAUGGACUCACUUAAAAAGACACAGCCAGAAAACGGUGAGUAUCAAACUGUGUCAAGGAUUUGAACAGAUCUCGGAUAGAGGUGACACAAUGUAAAAAAGAGUUGAAUCUCCGUAUCUGAACCGCAGAUAAAUGUGUCAGAGCACAGUUGGGACCGUUUCUCAAAUGAGUUUUAUCUCCAAUCUGAGGAGAACUGUUUAUUUUUCCUGAGAGGUCAAUUACAAGAUUCCUUCUCAGCCGCUAUAGAUUAAAAUGAGACAUUUGUAAGAUUACGUUUUUGAAGUGCCCUUCAACAUGUUUGCAUCCCAUCGCCCCUCAUUCAGAGCAGAACUCAUUUCCAAGCGCCCGUGGGAAUUUUAUUAAGAAAAUGAUUUCUCUGAUUGCCUCCUAAAACACUUAAUAUUCUCUUGUUCCUCUCCCUCCCAUCUUCACUCCUCUUUGUGCUUUUUUUUUUGUUCUGCCUGCAGUGGAUGGCAACACAUGGGCUCAGGUGAUAGCCCUGUACCCCACACUGGUUGAAUGCAUUACAUGCUCGUCAUCUGAAGUGAGCUCAGCCCUGAAGGAGGCCCUGGGGCCCUUCAAAGACUUUAUGCAGCCACCUGUCUCCAGAGUACAGAACGGGGAGUCCUGACCGGGCUCGCUCGUAUGAGCUCUUUGUUUUUUACAAUGAAGAAAUCUUGAAUGUGUCUUCUCAACCCACGUGCUUUACAAGUGCACGGACAUGAACUCCACGUGAGCCCCAUCUUAUGGUGACAUGAAGCAACCCCUCAAGAACAAGAGAUUCAAGGCCCUCUCAGACCGUAAUGAUGACCCUGACCUUCAUACGCUUCAUCGUAUGCUUCUCAUGUGAGCUGAUAACUCCUCCGCCCCCUCCAUGCUCAUUCAGACUGGCUGCACUCUUGUGUUAUCCUCCGAGAUUAAAAAUAAUUGCAGUGUUGCCUCUGGGUUUAGUUCGUUUUUUUCUCUUUUUUUUUCUCCUGAUGAGGCCGAGUCGAUGUACAGUGUGUGGUGAUAUAUUGUUGACGCUGUAAUUAAGAAAAAACAUGCAAAAACUGGGGCUUUAUUGAUCUUAAUGAACAUAAAAAGACUUUUGCAACAUUUUCAACAGUGAGGAUUUUAUGCAAGAAAACCAAUCUUACUGUCACAUUCCAUGUCAUCUUUAGCCAGCCAUCUGAGAAGGGAUGUACUUGUCUGUAUAAAAUAAAUGGGACAAUUCUACAAUCAC